AACCGGAGAACAUGAUGCCUCUUUGCAAGUCAACUCGUGUGCUCUGUAGCUGAUAGAGAGGCACCUCAGGCUGAAAUAUUAUAUUUCUAUUGUACUGGGAGAGCGUGGUGUGUGUGUGUGACAGCCCCCGGGUUCAGCAAAUGGCCUGCUGCUGCUUCGUAUAGCGACACAGACGGGAGAGUGCCGCCGCCACAUUGGUGUUCAAGCUGGCAGGGCGACACAGAAAUCAACUUUGUCUAUUUUUAAUGGACACGCUUCGAGCGGGGUCGGCGGCGGCAGAGGCAGCAGCGGCGGCGGGCGGUUUGUUUUCCUCUCGUCUUUAUCUGUAGCUGCCCGCGUGAGCCCCCUCGUGUGUCCCCCUGCUCGCUCCGUCUGGCUGUAUACCUCGUACUCCUCCACUAAACAAGUCCCAGACUGAACAGCAUGGUCAUGGCUGACAGUGUCCAGAAACCGCAGAUCCGGGGUCCGGUCCGUGUGGGUUUUUACGACAUCGAGCGCACUUUAGGAAAGGGCAAUUUCGCUGUCGUGAAGCUGGCUCGACACCGCAUAACCAAGACCGAGGUGAGUGUGUCUGUGAACUAGUUAGCCUGGGAGCUAACUUGUGCUACUGUUCAGCUGAGUUACAUAACUUUUAUGCACUAGUUGACACCCCAGAUAUUCACAGUUGGUACCGUAAUACAGUCCACAUCGUGCACUUGGAGGAAUUUGGAUCAGGUUAUCUUCGCCCUGGACACUUUACCUUCUCCCGUGUGGAGCAACAGCUGGUGUGUUUGAAUCCUGCAGGUUACAGGAGCAAUGAUAGACUGCACGUUUCCCCCCCUGAGCCAACAUCACUGCCAGUAAGAGGUCUGACCAGGAGUGCUGCUGCUGCUGGGAAACACAUAGUGAAAACACGCUUUCUUUCCUACACUAGUACAGGAUUAGGCACCUGUACUAGAUCUGGUGAUGGUGACCCAGACAGUGACACAGUGUACCAAACUCAAAGGAGUCUGGCUGCUGUAAACACCCCAAGUUUCUGUAUCUGGGGCAUGCUGCAUGGGUCGGUGGUCUUAUUAUGUAAUCCAAAUAAUGAUGUGAUUUAGUGGGUUUUUUUGUAGUGCCAAGAGCUUUGUGAGGAGCAGGAUGUGUCAGCCAGAUCUCUGUAAUUGGAAAGCAAAGUGUUCCUCACGCACGCAUGCAUGCAGACAGCAACCCACUGACACCGCUGUGGGGUCUGCGCCUAGUUCGGAGAGGGGUUGGUAUUACAAACACUAGUGGAACAAGCUCCCAGGCAAUGCAGCAUGACCACGGGGCGAUGUCAGCUCCUUACAGAGAGGUCUUUCUUGACCAGUGCCACUGAGUGCAUAGCAGCGACACACACAUUAGGAUUCAGUGUAAAAGUGUGCAGUCUUUGUGUUGUGUGACACAGAGAUAGAAGAAAUAGGGCAGGAGACUUGUGAAAGCAUACUUUGAUCUUUGAGCCUCCAACUGUGUGUCGUUGAACGUGAGCUAUCAGUGUACAGAAAAACAACGGUUUACCUCAUCUAAAGAGGGGCCCCUUAGAGGGUUUAAUGAAUAACCCGUCAAGAAAAUGGCUCUUAAUACUCUUAUCAUGUUAAUCUAGAGAUUUGCGCCUGUGAGGAGGUGAAGGGUUAGUCUGAGCAUCUAAUCUUCUCCCAGGUAUUGCUAACAUGCAGGUUUUACCUUCAGUAACCAGUGCGGUAUUCAGGUUAAGCGAAUACUAACACGUUUCUGCUGGUUCUGAGGCCACUUGUUCAGUAGAGGUCACUCAGCAGUGCCGGUCGGUACUACAGAAAGGCCACUGCAGCUGCUUGGCUCGACCAAAGCCGGAGCCGGGCCAUUUGUUAGAGCCGCCAAGGUCAGCUGGAGAGGCCUGCGGCUAUCAACUUUAUGUGAUGCCAUCUGCCUUGAGGAUUUGCCAGGGCAAAGGAGAUAUUAUGCCCGGGGCAUGUGUGUAGAGAACAGCAGAGUUUAAUGAAACAUGAAACGGCAGAUCGGAGUUAUUCAUGUUUUGCAGGUUUUUGCAUAUUUCCAGACAGGUUCACCUGUAUGUAUGCGUAACCUACUUUUUUCACUCGUGGCCUCCGUCUGUGAUACUGACCCAUUCAUACCACUAUGUACAUAUUGCAGCAUGUGGGUUCACACAGCGCUGGGCCAUUCUCAUGUGGGCCUGUCUGUGCAGCCAGUUGUGCAAUUACCCAGCUCUGACCAUGGCACUGCCCCAUCUCUCUGCAAUCAUUACUCUGAGUGUUUGCUGAAUUCCUCCUGCAGUCCACUGUCCUUAAAUGACCCUGUGCCAGAAGAGAUCACAAGUAGUUUUAUGUGUGGGUGUGCAGUGUUGACAAUAUAAUCAGUUAUCUUACAUCUUUUCCUGCUAAGUACCCUUUAAUCCUUGUCAGUUAUUUUAAAUUGAAUGCCUCAGAGGUCUCGUCUCGCCGCUGGAGUGCCAUUAAAAGAUUUGGAUUUCUUCAGAGCAUUUAUCUCCAAAUUGCACACCUGUCUGAUCAGUGGAUUGAAAGAUAAUAGCAGAGAUUGUUUAGCGUAUCAAAACAUCAAUUACAUAUUUGUAACUUAAGUACUAACUUUGAAUAUAUUUUAAAGAAAGUCGAGUCAGGCGAGGAGAUAGAGGCGUUAACCCCCACUAACAGGAGGCUGUGUUUUGACUGACUUGAGUACAGCAUGAAAUAACACUACCCCGUUAUUUAUUUAAUUAAUACCUUAUUGAGAUAUAAAAGAAACCAACAAGAAUGUGUACAAGGUCAUUUCAACGAAAAUGUCACACCUGGCGCAAAGUUCAGCAUAAUGUGACGUCAGCUGUGAUAGCCAUUGAAAAUAUGCCAUCUACUGUUCCUGGUAAAAAAUCUUUGUUAUGUAAUCAAGGUGAAUCGGACCGUUUAUCUGAUGACCUCAAAGAUGGAGGAUAAAAUGAUCCUCAUUGUGUUGAGUUUCCAGAGGAAAAUCCUGCGUCACAGUCUGCCCUGUUACUGCCACACAUCUGAAUAACCUUCACACUCCUGGGUCUUGUAUUCUCUUAGCUAUAGGUAGUGUAAUACGUCGGGUUUCUCAUGAUUUGGCAAAAAUCCCCUCACAGCUUCUAGAAAAACCCAAAUGGUCUCAUUUAAAUAGGAUGCUAAUAAAAUAAUGAAUCAUUCCGCUCAAGUCUCAGCUGUUACCGUCUGUUACCUUUUUUUCCCGUCUGAAUGCUCGAUAAAAGUUUCACAAUUUAAUGCUGAGGGCGUCUCGUUGUUUACGUCUCCAGCUUGGCUAUCAGACACUCUAAACACUUCCCAUCAAGCUGGAGAAACAAUGUUUAUGACUGUCUGAGGAAGGGAUGUGAAUAUUGUCGUGUUGCUUCAGGACAGUACUUAUCAAAGCAACGAGUGUUGAAGUUGUGACAGUGUGAUUUACACAUGUGUGUCAUUGUAGGUGUGUAUCCGCUCGGAUCUGUUUGCCUAUGCUGUAACUUCAUGUGAUAUGUCAUCACGGCUUCAAGACUGUCUAUGGAAGUUCGAGCACAAGCUGUAUUUUAGCAUCUAUCUCUCGUCUCAGAAACAGAUCUCCUCUGCUCUCUCACAGCUGCAGGAACACUCUGUCCCCUAUUAAAUUCCUGUCUGUACCAGCGUGUGUGAAUAUAGGGGGGUGUUUCUUUUGCCAAUCAAGCCUGAUGAGCUCGCUGAUUACAGUUGCGUCGUAGUAAACGCUCGAUUGUUCUGCAGGUGGCCAUCAAGAUCAUCGAUAAGACCCAGCUGGAUGCUGUCAACCUGGAGAAGAUCUACAGGGAGGUUCAGAUCAUGAAGAUGCUCGACCACCCCCACAUCAUCAAGCUCUACCAGGUGAGACUCAGCACCUGUUACCCACACUAUCGUGGUGUCUUUACACCACUGUACAUGCGUUUGGAAAUAAAGUAACAUCUUUAGGAUUUUAUAUUGUGUUUUCUGAGAUGUUAUCUCAUACUGCUGAUGUUCUCCUUUAUAAAAUUAGUUAGGUUUAUUCCAGUAGAAAUAAGAAUAGAAGUAUAUAAAACAUAGAUGACUUUCACUUUUUUCACUUUUGCAUUUUUUCUUUUUUGUUAUUGUCUCACUGCGAUUAUUCCGACACCUGGUGGGGGUUUUUUCAGCUGGUUAUGUCCUCAGAUUGAUGCACAGACUAGAUGUUUUUUAUUUAUGACUUUUUAUUGAUAAGUCACUGUUGUUUCACAUUUAGAAGAUCCUGAAUUUAUAGGUCUGAUUCACCGGCUUAGACGUUCAAGUGCUGUACAGCAGCUGCCAGUGGCACCUUAUGCUGAGGGGAUGAAACUAGGGAUGAACAAACAGUAGUAUCAGUAGUUAAAAGCUGGAAAAGUUGAUUAUUGGUAUCAGCAGAAAUGGAAAAAGUCACCCCUAAUAGUUAGAGUAAAUGCUUGGCACAUUCAUUAAACUCACUCUAGUUGUUUGAAAGUAUAGGUGAGAGGAAGGGAAGUUGUAACCUGUCAGUAACGGGUACUAAGUACAGGUCAUUUUCAGCACUUUUGGUUUAUAUGUUGUGACUGUUGAUGUCAGGUUAGCUCUAUGGUCAAAGAGAGAAUUUAUGACAUUCAAGCAGCUGGUGCCUGAGUCAGUAUCUGUCAAAGACACCUACAGUAGGAUGAGCUGCUCAUCAGUAAACAUCUUUAAACAAAACAAAAAUGUAAUUGAGCAGAAUUGUCAGACUGCUAAAGAACAUGGAGGGGAGCAGGAUCAUGCCAGGUUUAUUUCUAAUGCGCUGGCAAUUAAUGGCUGCCACGCAGAAUAUGCAACUUUUUAAUAGAUAAAGAUAUAAAAGUGUUGUUAAUGACUGUCUGAAGCUCAAGGUUGUGGACAUAUCUGUGUUUUCUAUACUGUGUGAAUCAAACUCAAUAAUGUUUGAAUUCACAGAUUCACAGGUUUUAAGUAUUUGGUCAUCAAAUCUGCCUUGCGGUGCAGUUUUUUGUUACCUAAUACAGAUGGUUUGAUUUAUAUACACUUUAUGGACUGUCAGCUUACCUGUUUAGACCAGAAUUGGCUCAAAGCUUGUUGAAAGCGGUUAUAGCCUGGGCAUAAAUUAUCAACUGAAUGACUGCUUAAUUCUGUCUCAGUUUAAGGGGCCUGCUGGUGUGCUUGACGGCUCACUGAGAUACUUGCAUGAUUACAUCGUGCACAAAGUCCUUUCUUUUCAAACUGUAAACUCCCCAACUGUAUUUAUAUACGACCCAUUUCUGCUGUCAUUUGAAUGAACGUUGCAUAAAGCACUUUUAUGUAAGCAAAGCCCUUAAUUAUCAUGCCCUUUUGCCAACUUUGGUAGUGUAUAUAAUCUUUUUGAUCAAGCCUCCGAGUUUAUUUUGUGAAGUCAUUUGUUUCUGCCGCCGCACUAUGUUGCUACGUUAACUAGCCAAAGGCAGACUUGUUUCACCUAGUUACAGUGAUGUCUGCAGUCUGGCACGAAACAGCCGUAACUACCAAUAAUUCUGGUGAUUCAGUGGUAUUACAUAAGCCUUUGGGUCCUGUUAGUUUGUUUAGUUUAGGGAAAGUAAAUGAGUGUUCAUUAUCAUUACACAACCAUGAGGCACUGCUCCAGCCCUCUGCUGUGUGUUAUUUUGGUGUGUAUCAUUAUUUCCACCGGCCCCUCUGUCCAAUCAGCUCAGGUCAAUUAGUGAUUUCCUUUCCAGUCUCAUAAACCAGGGUUGGCCCCGUGGCCCAAAAGGAAGCAAGCCCUGGCUAAUGAAGAGAUAUGCAGACAACCCAGCCGUGGACCCCACUCUAGUUUGUCCUGCGGUGUGUGGCCUCUCAUCUUUUGACCCCAGUCUGCCAUCUUUUUUCUUCUCUCUCUCUUUUUUGCCCCUUUUACAUCUCCCCUCAGUCCCUUUGGUUUUUCCGCGUUAUUCAGCGCUGCCAAGAUUCUUUCUACAGUUUUAUAGGUCACAGGCGGUCAAAAUCAUCACUGGAUACGUGCCAACAUUUCAAAACCCUCUAUUGUCCACGAGUACUAUUACCCAGAUAAGAGCCUCAAUUGGCGAAAAAUGCUUCCAAGGAGAGGAUUUUUGAUCGAUCAUCGCAAUAAAUCAGCCUCCACUGUUCAUCAGUGUAUCUCCUUUUGUAAAAAGCAUUAAAAUAAUUGUAUGUAAGGUUGAUAAAUUGAAGGGAUGACAUUGAAACAUUAAGCAGUCUGGCCUGUACACAGCCUGUGAUUGAUCACCAAGACUGUAGCUGUCCUUCCUCACCGGCUAAUACUUCAGGCAGGUGGAAAUCUGCUGAUGGAUUAUUCACUGUAAUAUCGUCCAAACAAAACAAUAACCGUAAAUCAUUCAGUUGUGUUAUGUUUGAUUCAAGGUAGUGUCAGACCCCGUGCUGUGUUUGAUACAGAGUGUACCUUUUUGUUUCUUGGUAUCUGGAAUUCAGAGAAUGUUUUCUUCUCUUGUUUGACAAUUUAUUACAUGACAGAUUUUGGCUUCAGUUUUUCCCCCUAAAGCGCUUAUACUCAGCAAGAAGUCCUGCGCGAGAAAUACUGAACACUUCAGGUGCUUCUCGUUGUAUAACACUGUUUCUAAUUUAUGAUUUCCACCGUACCAAGAUGGUUGCAGUGACUAUAAGCGGUGCAGAAAGGUUUUGUACUAGGAAUGCGACAUUAAUGAAGUGUUACAGUUUUAUCAAGACCGGAAAUGCGGUAUAAAGAUGAUAUCCUGAUAUCCCAAAUAGACUGUUUCAUUUGUCCAUGGCAUUGGAUAGACUUCACAUCCAUCUGGAUCACACCCCAUAGAGAGCAGGGCUUGACACAAACUUUUUUCACAAGAAGCACAUGUGCUCCUAAGUUGAAAAAGUAAGGCGCACACAAAAAAAUUUUUAGGCGCACAAUGAAAAUUGAUUAAAUAAUGUUUGUCUUAUUGGUCGAUAUGAGUACUAUUAUUUGAAAUCAAUUUUAGCUCUUUUGGUCACAUGACAUGGAAGCUAUUGAAGAAAAUGUUCAAAAUUUUCCUUUUAAAUUUAACACAAAAUAAUUAUGAGGACAAAUUAGGGAAAUAAAGAGGUGUGUCUUAUUGGUUAAUAUUAGUACUAUUAUUUGAAAUCAAUUUUAGGUCAAACAGCCUUCUUUUAAAACAUCAACUGGUAAUUUAUUGAUGGUCCCUUAUUCAACACCCGAUGUUGCAAGGGUACCGAGUAGAUUUAACCGCGCUGCUGUUGCCAUCACCGGUUAUGGAGAGUAAGAAGACACCGGUAGAUCCGCAGUGAAUGUCCAAUGUCCAACCUAAAACUAACUUCACCUAAAAUAACUUUUUUUUAAUACAUUUUACGCACACAUCUAUUUUUAGUCGCAAAUGCAAGUGAAACAGUCGCACCGUCGAGCCCUGGAGAGUAUUUUGCAAGAGCAGGACAUUUAAAAGCAAAAAUUUCAAAAACUAAAGAAAGAGUUGAGCCUAAAUACCAGAUACUAAAUAGUCACGGCUAAUUAAGUUGAAUAUUUUAUCAGUGGAACACAGGUGUGGCUAAUAAGAUUAAUAAUGGCUGUGCCACACUCAGGUGUGCCAGAGCCCUGCCAUUGUACAUGCUGCUUUACUGGCACGCCUUGAAGAAACCGAGCCACCGUUAAUACUAUUAGUUACACCUGUGCUUCUCCUGCUGUGAUGAGUCAAAUUGAGCACUGUUUGUGGGGUUCAUUUCCCAGAUUAGACGCAUUAAUGACUCACUGUGCUCUUGUUUUGAUUGAACCAUUAUGAAUACCUAUAAAUGGACUUAACUCAUUAAUCGGUUUCAUUCCAGAGCCAUAAAAACAGAGAGGACAGUAUGUGUUUGUUACACAACCAUCAAAAAAAAAAAAAAAAAAAAAGCAACAAAUGCUGGCUUUCGUUUCCUAAAUCCAUGAAUCGGUCAGUGUAACAGAUGGAAAAUUGAUCACAAACAAUAAGCGUGGGAUUUCUAGUGUGAAUGUCUGGCUCACUGUGUCUGAUUCAUGCUUCCCCUCUCCAUCUGACUCUCUCUCUCCUCCGCAUUUAUUUCUAUUCAUCUCCUGAGUGUUGACUGCUUCUAAAUCGGUUGUCCUCCUCCCACACAACUCAGCGCCGAGUGAGGACUGAGAGGUUUUAAAGUACCAUUCAGAUACACUUGGCCAACACCACCGUCCACCUCCGUUCUCUUAUACUGCUGCCAUUUUUAGAUCUUGUUCCAUUCACGUAUUUUUAUUUUUCACGACUUUUUUGAAUGUCAGACAGAGCCAUGUGGACUGUUGUGUAAUGUUUUGGUCAUUUGUAUGUUUUCUUGUUCCCCGCUCUAAUCCUCUCUUGUUGCAGGAGACUGCUAACAUGGAUUAUCUGAUGACAUUGCUAUUAGAAGGUGGAUUUCUGUGUGUAUUCACCCACCCACUUUUCUCUCCCCCUCCCUUUUGCCCCCAAUCCUUCGUCCCCUUCCUCUCUCAGGUGAUGGAGACGAAGAACAUGCUUUACUUAGUCACCGAGUAUGCCAAGAAUGGAGAGAUCUUUGGUGAGUGAUUCUUUUUAAAACUCAAUCUGACUCAAGUUACUUAAAAAGAAACAUUGUCCCACCCAGUUUUAUCCACAUCCUCCUCAUGUGAGUCGCACCAAAAAAAACGAUCUGCGCUGUUGCGUCAGCAGCGUUUUUGACAAACGGGGAAGUAUCAAAGUCUUGUCGAGUUGGUGUUACUCCAUCAACACUUGAGGCCUCAAUCUCAAAGGUCAGAUGAUUGAUGGAAAUCUGAGAACAACGUCCUGGUGUGGCCCGUCAUGUGCUGCGCUUGGCUCAUUAAAAGCGCUGACUUUGCACCCUUGCUGUACAAAAUAACGUCACACGCGGCUUGUAAAAGCGGCCUCAAAGAGAGAAGUGCGGAUUUAUUGCAGAAAGUGUUGCAGAAUGACUCGCCGCUUACCGGUUUAUCAUUCAAAUGUUCAGAUUGUUGGAGAUAUGACAAUAACUUCCCUCAUUUCUCAGCCUUCUCUGACGGUUACACAACAUUUUUGAACGCUGCAGGUUUUAGUUGAUUCAAGAGCUGUGCAAAACAAAGAAAGAGCAUAGUUCAAGCCUUCAUUUAACAAACACUUUAUGUAGACAGCUGAUAGUUUAGGUAUUUUCACUGAACAAACAGCAGUAUAACCAAUAACAAGAAGAAACAGGUGCCAGGAGAGGUCAAAAAAUUGUAGGUCCAUGAAGCAGACAUUUGCCAAGGUCUAUAGGAUCAAAAUAUGUCCUCAGAUGGGAAAACUAGAAACACUUUAAAAAGGCAGUGUUUCGAAUUGAACAACCUUCAUUAUCUAAAUAGCAAGAUUUUGUUUUAUCUGAGUAUUUAGGGUCACACGCACCACAAAAAGGCAAAUAGAUACGACUUUGUUUUCCCCCUACUUUACAGAUAAGAAGUGCUGCUGUUGAAAAAACACAAACAUAAAGUAAUUCUUACACUUCAGGUGCUUGGAGAAAAACCAUUCUCAAGUAUCACCUUCAGAUGGUAUGCCGAGCCUUACAGCAUAAGCAUCAAAUGACAGCUCAGAGGUUUUAUGGCGGAUUUCAAAAUCAUCUUCAUUUUACAGAAGAGCACCAGAUGUUGUAGUUUUGACUCAUUAUGCAACAAGUGGUAGAAGUGGAGCAAAAAAAAGAAAAAAAAAAACCCUGACAAACUGAGAAAGAAGAAUGAUUCCUCUGUUAUGAUUUCUGGUCAGUCAUUGACCAGGUUUUUGCGAGACAAAAGUGACCAAUGAGUGAGUGAAGUCAGGUUUGCCAUAUGAAAUAAAUACAAGUUUCUGAGGGGAAAGUCUGACAUAGAGUUAGGAGUUCAUUUGGGUUGUACUGUUCUUAGAGUGAAGCACAAAUAAAGACACAUGUGCUGUAAGGGACAGACAAGUCAGGACAUAGCAAGAAUUGUACUUGAAGAUAAGAAAUUAUCUCAGCCUGCCAUAGCACCGCAGGAGUUCUAUCACACACACACACACACACACACACUCACUUUGUACUAUGUUUACACUCUGAACUACUUUGAACACGAGCCCAGAGAAAGACAGAGAAAGUUUGUUGCGCAUUUUUUUUUGUACCUGUAGCAGGAUUGUUGACGUGGUUUGAUUUGAAAAUCACGUAUCAUGCAGCUUCUGAAUUAUUUCCAUUAAGCACCCACUGAGCAAUAGACGGCUAUAAGACGAGUUUGUUUUAGACCUGAUUUCAACCGUCUAGAUUCUGUAUAUCUUUAGACGGAAUUUAGACGUUGCACUUUCACCCAUUAUCUAAAAAACUUUCACUUUUAGACCUGUGGUACCCUGAUAUUAAACAAGUCAUGUAGGCUACAUUUAGACGCCUAUUUGACCUCUUUUAGACAAAAAAAAAAUUUCUGUGGGCAUUUAUUUUACAAGUUUGAUGAAACCUGUCUGAUGUGGACUGUGAUCUGCGUAGGUCGUCGGCCUCACCUAUUGGAUAGUCUGGGAAUGUUUGCUCUUAGCCUAGUUCAAGACACGGUGACUGAGAGGAUUAAUUCAGCCGUAGUCUACGGUAAACUUGUUAGUUGUGUCAUGUGUCUGUGUGUUUGUAUGUAUGUGUAUGUGUAUGUGUAUGUGUGUGUGUGUGUGUGUGUGUGUGUGUGUGUGUGUUUGUAAUUCUGAGGCCAGUGUUCCACUUGUGAUGUUGACUCAGCAGCCGACACUCCUGCUCCUGUGACCUAGAGAGAGGCAGGGAGCAGACGACACACUCAAAUGAAUGAAUGAUUCAGAAAAUGUGAAUAAAGAACAAAUCUUAUAGCAGCAGCAGCGAGUUCUAGCUAAAGCAGCUCCAGGAGCAGCAGCUACGGUUUAUCUACAUUUACUAAACUGUUUGUUUUUAAGAAAAGAAACUCGGAGCGGAGGGAAACAGCGAACUUUUCCAAACUGUUGUACAGCCAUAGCUCAGCGUUGCACAAACAUGUCACUUUGUGCAAAAACAUUGAACUUAUUUCAGUUUACUUUACAGAAACAGUGGCCUGGCCUCUUUUCAAGUGUUGUUUUAUAAGCGUAUUCUGGUACAAACAUGUUAUUAAAGUGUCCUCACUGAUGCUGGGAGGCCAAUCCUUUCUGACAUUUUCUGUCCUAGCUUUUCUGAUAACUGUACCCUCCAGUUGGCGUUCUUUUUGCAAACCUAAGCAGACUGUACAUGACUGUAGCUCCGGGGUUAUUACAGCGUUAUUGUUCUUUUAUUAAAUCCAUUGUGUAUUUCCUGAAAUGCCAUUUUUGUUCUUUUUUUAAAAUUACAAUCCCGAUUUGACAACCUCAUUUUUCUGUAAUCCAUAGAUUUUCUCAUGGAUCAUGUCAGGGUAUUAUAAAACCAUUGUGUCCUGAUUCCUCCGACCCCUCUGCCCUGAUUGCACAAUGCAAUAUAGUUAUGUAAGACGUUUAUAUGUCAUCGUCAGCUGCAGCAAUAGCAGCUUUGACUCAGCCGGGCAGACACUGGCUGUUAGCUGCAGCAGGACAAUAAUUAAUCUUUUCACAGUUAAAACAAUAAUUCUAAGUUUAUAAAAACACUUUUGAGAGACCGAUAAGGUCAUUCAGUCAAAACCAUCUCCAGCCUCUUCUACUUUCUCCCCUCUUGAGAGCUUCCUCCACUUUUCCUGACAUGAUGAAUGUCUCAGGUCUGCUCCUGACAAUAGGUUACCCAGAGAGGAAGAUGUGAAGUUGUUGUGGAUGCUCAGCAGCAGCCCACCCUGUUACAGCAUGUCAGCAAGACAAUGGAUGAGCCUCCGAUUCUCUCUCUUCAGACCAAACAGUAAAUGGUUCUGUGGAGGAGCAGGAGGGGUGAGUGUAUGUGUGUACGCGAGUGUCUGGAGCCAUGAAGACAAAGAAUCAGAGCUGCGUUUGGCACUAGGAGGCGGAGAGUGAUGGGUUCAUUCUUGCAAAAAAAAGGGGUGGGUGGGCACGGUAAUGGGCACAGCAGAGGCAUCCGUGCCAGCUUGUUGGUGUGUCUUUUGUGUCUUAUCUGUCUGUCAGUCAAUCUGCCGCUGCACAGUCUGCCUCAAAACUGCAGUAUGGAUCAAACCUGGAAAUUGGGUCAGCUGCAAAUAAAGCAGAGUUGCAGAGAGCAAAGACAGGAGGAGAGAGGAGGCAGAGGAGAACAGAGGCAAAAGCAAAGGACAUCCAUUUGAAUUUGGAAGGUGGUGGGGAAAUGUAGGGCAUGCAUAUUUAAGAAAGCACUGCUGGAGAGAGGGGAGUAUAAUAGUUGGCAGUGAGUAGAAUCACUCAUGCGGAUUUCUAGUCUGACUGAUGGAGAGGGAAUGAGACAGAGAGACUUUUGACUUCAAAGAAAUAUUUCCCAGACAUACUUGUAUGUACUUAGAUUGUCAAUAUCUAUAUCCUCAUAAACUAUCCAUCAUAUUUACUCUGCCAGUUUUCUGCACAUCUUCGAGCAGGCAGGGUGGGUUGGAUUUGACUUCGAUGACCAAAUGAUGAGAGGAAUGGGUGCCAAAUAAGAAGCUGCUCGGUACUACAAAUUUGAACAGCCAGUAAAGGAAAGAAGUCCAACCAUCCAUUUUCUACCGUUUUUCCUGUUGGGGGUUGCGGCGAUCCUGGAGCCUAUCCCAGCAUCUUGGGGCGAAGACAGGGGAUACCCUGGACAAGUUGCCAGUUCAUCACAGGGCUGACAUAUAGAGACAAACAACCAUCUACACUCACAUUCACAACUACAGGCAAUUUAGGAGUGACCAAUUAACCUAAACCCACUUGUGCAAGUUUUUGGGAGUACCCGGAGUAAACCCACGCGACAAUGAAGUCUAUUAUCUUAACAGUCCACAAACUUGGCAUGCAGAUAAUUUAUUUCUUUUAUUACUCCUCAGUCCACCAACGGACUGCUCCCACAUUUAAUAAGCUGAGUUGAGAUGUAAUGAUCGACACAGGAAUUAUGUAACUUUUGAAGGUACAGCUCUCUGGAAAGCAGAAAGUCUUGAUGACGAAUCUGGACUUUCUCCUGUUUUGGUCCUAAGAGGAGAAAACAAGAGGAUGACUAAGCAAGAGGCCUGACUGGAGUACGUCUUGGACUGGCCUGGCUUCAUUAACUACCAAACUGAUGUUUCUUAUAUCUUCCAAAUUCACCUAAGGAGAAGAAUUGUUGUCUAGAUAUGGUCGACGUUUGGCAGACGGAGCGAAGUGAGUCAUGCAGCAACAAUGGGCGCUGUUUGUCAGAUCUUCUGCAUGCUGCUAUUCAGCAAAGCAGCAGCACUGGUGCAUUUGAAGGACAAAGGCCUGCGAACUGCUGUUUAGUGACCUUACUCGAAGUUGCAUGUGCUUGCCAACGUUAUCCAAACAAAUGACGUACAUGUAUAGAAAAAAAAAACAGUCGCCUUUUUCAUCUGGGGUGACUGACAAUCCAUCGACCUGGUAGUUUUUGCAGCCACGGCAUUCAACUUUAAUCGAUCCUACCUGAACACUUACACUUUGAAAAGCCUGAUAUAUGUGUUCCUGUAAAGGGUUUUGGUGAGACUUGAUUCUCACAGGGACUGUUGCCAAUUCACUGUAAGGGGAAGAAGGAAAAUUCACAGGACAGACAUGCUGUAACAGGAUAGACCUGAUGUUUCUGAGCUCUCUUAUUGCACAGAGGUAUUUAAUGCAAUAAACAAACGCUUAUAUGUAAUGAUAGAGCUUUAGUCAUUCUGCAUCCACCUUUUAUUGCACACAGUAAAAAUAGUAAAGGGAUCACUUACAGUAUGUCCGCUUUGAUCAUUCCCAACCACAAAGUUAUGUCGUCUGCAUUAUCUUGGCUGACAAACAUCUUAAAGUGUAAAGACUGAAGUGAGUUUAUUUUUAAGUUCUUCUUUCUAAGGAAUUAUAAAACCCAAGCAGACAUGAAAACAUCCCCUAAAAGCUGCUGGGAGGAGUUUUUUGAUACUUGUAUUCAUUUUUGUGCCUCUUUAUGAUUUCUUAAAGAGGCCCAUCCCAAAAAAUUUGUUUCUAAGUCAAGAGGAAAUCUGUCAGUCUGAAAGUCUGAAUGAAACAUCAGUUUUUAUUUUUAUAGUUUUCGGAGUAAAACAAAGGUUAUAUCGUGAAAAUUUGCACUAUUAUUGUAAGAAUUUAGUUGGCUCAGCUUUUCUCCCUAUCCUGUUUCCAUUGGAGUAUUUAAAUCACUGCUACCUCUCUAUCAGGUUAAACCAGUCUGACCAUUUUCCUCUGGUCUCUGCCGUCAAAGACGCACUUUUACUCAGAGGACUGAUGCUUCAUGGAUAUUUUCUUUUUUUCAGGCCUUUCCCUACAAACUCUAGAGAUAGUUGCGUGUAACAAUCCCAGUGUAUCAGUGGUUGUUUGAAAUAAAAAAGUUUGGUAAUAAUGUUUCUUAAAACCAAAACAAGUAUUCACUUUUUUUAGGAGGUAGGCCAGCAAAAGGAAAUCUUACCGGACUGUUUUUACGUUUUCAACACUGAAGACCAGCAACGGUCUUCACUCCGUGUGAACAGGCGCACUAUGUCGCGACAGCUUGUAGCAAUUGAAAAACAAGCCAUUACUGUCUGAGCAAUCAACACUUUGCAGCACACACACACACACACACACACACACACAAUUUGGGAUGUCGCCCUAGUGGAAGGAUGAGUAAUCCACUGAUACACCGCUAUCGAGGGCGAGGGCCUCAGCACAGUGAGGCAUACAGAGAUGCAUUCUGGGAAAGCGAACGGUAUGAAUCAUUAGGGUAUUAGGGAACAGCUCAACAAGCACCAUGUUCCACUUCUGCUUAGAGCCGGUCGACGAGCUAAGUCUCUUAACAGCUGCUCAGGUUUGGAGGGGACAAACAUCACGGGUACAAACUGGCCUGAUGGCAAGACCGCUGGCUGGACUUCAGAAAACAGUGUGGGGCAGGCAUGGGGAGCGUGUGUGUGUGCGUGCAUGUGUGUGUGGAGGAUAUGAGUCUGACACACACUCUGUUACCACAUCAGUAAAUGAUACCCAAACCACUUAAGUAAAGCAGCCACAUUAAAGUUACACAUCCGUGGGUGUUGAUAGAUGUUGGUGCUGAUUCAAUACUGGCACCCUGAGGGGUUAAAAUGGAGUGGAGCCAGCCGGUGCUGAGCGCUGCUCUCAAACCCGGGAUCCAAAGAUCAGCUACAACUACUGCUUCUCAUGGUUAACUUCUCUUCCAUUCGGUACUUUGACCCGCGUAUUCAGACGAAAAAUAAAGCUCCUUACCCUCUCUUGCAUACCACAAACACUGUUAUUGACACACUCUUAUGAUGUGCAGUCUUAUGGUACAGUGGAAGUAUCUGAUUUCCAACUCUAAAAGCAUCAAUUUUACAGUAUUUUUGACUAAAUUUGCUGUUUACAGCCUCUAUAGUUAGUGACAAAAACAUGAUGGUUGCACUGAAGUAGGGCCCUGUUGCUUUGUAGACACUUUCAAGUCUCCACAUGCUGAUUGUAGGCUAAGAGCACGUGUGCUAGCUUGGAGACAAGAGAUGAUUCUUCACAACUCUUUAUUUCUCUUUCAUCAGUCGAUGGUGAUAAAAAGUUACUGCAGUUCUCUGACAAAUAGGGCUGGGCGAUGUGGCCUCAAAUCAAUAUCACAAUAUAUUGAGCAGUUCACUUUGAUAACGAUAAACAGAUGAUAACUACUCCACAAGCUUCUAACCCCCUCCCACAUUAACUUCAUCUACUUCAGCCGCUACAACUUUUGAACCGUCCUCCGUCUCCUCGCCUGUCUUUCCCUUUUUGUUACAGACUGGAUAGUGUCGAGUCAUGUCUCCAACGUAGGAUAGCAUCUUAGAGGGACAUGAGACAGUAGCCUACCUACACACGUCCAAAACCAACUUUUAUUUAUUUAUUUUUUUUAACACCAAUUAUUCCGAUAUGGGCAAAAUGUCGUCGAUUUUUGUCGUAAAUUUUGGUAUCUGUAAAUUUUCAUGUUAUCGCCCAGCCCUACUGACAACGUUACAAAACUAACAAACAACAAAAAACAAGGUUGGACUCAGCUUCAUUUUUCAGUGUAUGAUCAACUUUUAAAAACCUACAACUGAGACACAACAUGAUUUCUAGGGGUGGGAGAAAAAAUUGAUUCACAUAAGUGUCGCAAUUUUUCUUUACAAUUUUUAAAAUCCUUUUUUUUUAAACUGACUUACAUGGGAUGUGUACUUUUUUUAGUCAGUAGACAAUCAUAAUCGUUCAACUGUUUCACUGGUGUUAACAGUGCAGACUAAAAAUCGAGAAAAUCGACAAUAUUGCAGAAUCGCAAUUUAAAUCGAAAUCCCAUCCCAGCCCUAAUGAUUUCAAAAAAUCAAAUACUGAAAGUAAGCAGAUUUUCUUGGUAGACAUGGUAUUGGUGUUAUUUCUAAGCUAUUCACAUUUUAACCUCUAUCGUCUCUGACCUGUCUUUGACCCAGCUGGGUAACACACUCCCUCAGAGAUGUGCUGCCACUCAAACCAAACUGGUUAUUCAUGUUAUUUGUGCAAAAACGUCAUCCGUCGAAGCGCACUGACGCCUAAAGAAAAGACCACAAGGCUCGCAGGUUUGAUCCCUGUCCAGUUAGUACUUAAUAGUCUGGUGCAUACCGGGACCUCCUCGACACAUUCCCCUCCACAGUGUGUUUUUUGAUUAGCAGCAUAGCAUGAAAGCUGCCCUGGUCGCUGUUUGGCCUCCUCUAUGGUAUUUACCAGCCAACCUCUAAUCAGGUUGUCUCACUGCGUCAGAUGUUUGCUAUUUAUCAAACACACUGAGCAGCUUCAUCAACUUCCACCCUUCACUCGUCGUUGUUUGAAUAUGCAGCUGGCUCUUUGGUUCACCUCGUAUACAGACGGUACAGAGUUAUUAGGACAAGGUGUUUACAGCCUGAUACAUGUUCGUGGCCUCAGGAUGUGCAGUGCUCUACUUUAUAAAUCUCACGUUUCAUAGAUGGGAGAUGUUUUUGAUCUUAAUGGGCUGUAAAAUUGGCUUUGUGGCUUGUCUUUGCUUCCCGAGUGAGGCCUAGUUUCGAAUUUAUGUUUAUUUUGUUGUCAUCUUUACUUAAAUGCGUGGGACACAAAGGAAAUCAAAACAAAAUCAUUUCUUUCUAAUGCAAAGAAAACAGUAAAUGCGACUCCGUCUGCUUUGUGAUUACAAAUAGCUCCUUUAUGAAAACAACCUUGUAGGUCCUCAGAUAAUUUCUUCUCUAAUGUUUUGAACUCUCGUAGGUGAUAGAUGUAGCUGCCUCUGUUUGUUGUGGUUGUUGUGUAUUGUUGUCAGGUUUUGGUCGCCGGUCUGUACCCGAGCCAGCUGGACAGAAGGCCGUCACGGAGAGUGUCCUAUCUUGUUUGCCACAGAGUGUGAAUUGAAGAGUUUGCAAGCUAUCUGGACAGAGAGGUGUGAAGAGGAACCCUGCCGACAGCAACAAAUGCAGCGCUCUUUCCAAAGUUCACGGGGCUGCAGAAAAAAAAUCAAGAAAUGUGCAAAAUACUAUGUCAGGCUGACUUUGAAGAACAAAAUGCUGAGUGUGAAAGGCUGGAAGAAUGGUGGGGUCUUUAGGAGAGCAGACAAUGAGGUAUAGGUCACUGAUCUGGAUGCUCAUAGGAAGAGGAGACAGAAAUUUAUGACUUUGGCCUCCCGGCUAGAACGUAAACUUUCAUGGGUAUUUCUAAACAACCGCAUACUCAGUCUGACACAGCGAGUACUGAGAUAAAUCAAACAAACGGAUAAAUGUUUGUGCUAUAUUGGGUAAGAACUCAGUUUAAUUGCUAGCAUAAAUAUCAUGAUUCCUCCCUAUAAUCAUCAGUUAUGUGUGGAUGUCUGUGAGUUUGCUCUGCAGUCAUUUCCUGACAAACUUAUUAAACCUCCCACUUACACCCUGACUCCCCCUACUUUGUACUAAUCUGGACAUUUUGUUGCAGAAAACCAGUUCUCAGAAAUUUCUCCCUCCCUUUUCCUGCUUCAUUCUCAGUCGAAAACCGGGCCCUACUCGCACGCUCUCCACCAGCACACAGGGUUCGAACACCAUACACUGAUUUACAAAGCAUGCUGUAAUCUAGAACAGCUGUAAACUACCAUUGGCAUCAUGCCCGCACCUCAUCAAAAGUAAAUUAUCCUUUCAACACAACCGCCAACGCUUAGAGGAAUGAAAAAUCUGCACAAAUGCACUCUUGUCAUCAGCACCAAGCGAUACCCGAUACGGUGUUAUGAAGGCCUGUUAUGUAAGUCGAUGUAAAAUGAAAUCUACAUGCACCCCUAACAUUACACACGGCCUGUCUCUGUUUCUCUCUCCCUCUCGUUGGUUGCAGACUACCUGGCAAAGCAUGGCCGUCUCAGUGAGCUUGAGGCCAGGAGGAAGUUCUGGCAGAUCCUGUCGGCGGUGGAGUAUUGUCACAACCGAAACAUCGUCCACAGGGACCUGAAGGCGGAGAAUCUGCUGCUGGAUGGCCACAUGAACAUCAAGAUUGCAGGUACCCACAAAUUCAAUACAAGACCUUAUUAAACCCCAAAGGGAAAUUGACUUAAACCAAGUUCUGAUGCGACCUGCUUGGUGGUGGUAAGGCAGACAACAGAUCCAGGGUUUUGUUUUUCCUGGUAGGACAAACUGUGUAAAUCCAGUCAGGUGAGACGAGAGGAUGACACGGUUGAAGUUUCAAGCGUCUCGGGAUGUUUAGUGCGUAUCCUAGCAACAGUAUCACGAAGAACAUCACACAGAACUUCAGCUGUUGCCCUGGGUGGGAUUCAUUUAUGUAUCACAUUAAGGUCGCCUGCUCUGAAUUAUUUAGUUUUGAUGCAUCACCUGCAAUAUUGUACUUCAGAAAUUCAUUAGCUGCCUACCUGGACUGUUUGCACAUAAUUGAAAAAUGCUCUUAGAUUUCUCUCUUCGAUAGCUUUAAGCUAAAAAGAAAUUCCACAACCUGAAAAAUCUUGAUGCCUGUGCCACUUUCUAAGAUCUCUCUCCAGUGGCCCCUCAGCUUUAGUUUUAAGGAGCUAACAUUAAAGGUCGGGGACCAAAAAGAGGAAGAGACCCAGAGGCAGAGAUUUGAGACAAAGCUGGAUGUCUGUCGUACAAGCUUCAAAGUGUGAUUAUGAAGGAACUGGCAUUUGGAGCUAGCUUUUGAGAAUGUCACCCUACUGCUGUGUCCCUGUAUCAGAGGAGGAGGAGGAUGGGAGGGAUGAGGUUUAAUUGGAGGAGGUGGAGAGGAGGUGAUGAUAUGGAUUGGCUAUUCUGAAGAGCGGCAUUUGAGACAGAGAGAGAGAAGGAAGUAUGAUAAGGAGCAGGGUGGCAGCUGUGAGCUGAGGUUUAUCUCAGGCUUAUACAGAGCUGAUACUAAACCCCAUCUAAGGUGAGCUGAUCACACAAGGGCGUCUAAAAAUACAGGUGUGAAAAGAUGCCAGACACACUGUGUAUGUGUGUUCUCCAGGAAAAUGGCCUCUUUUCUGCGUAGACCUCCAGAUGAUAGAGGAAAAUCAGUGUUUUCCUCGAGCUUCAUAAGAUGAAAAUAAAGACUGGGCCUUCCGGUCAUGGCCUGUGUGCCCAAAGGCUUUUAUUUGUGCCGUCAGUUCAAUCACCAAACCAAUUAAACAAAACGAUUCAAUAAUUGAUAAAGAAGUGAGUGGUCCACCUGCUUCAUCGCUCACAUCACCCUGACCACCGUUCCUACUAGAGGUCCAAGAUGAUAACCCAGAGAUGUUAUUACCCCCAGCAGUAAUUUUCACAAACAUGUCUGACUCAUUGUCGGCUCGGGCAGAUUAGAUUUGAAGAUGCAGGAAAACAAUGAACAGAACAUUACCUGGCUUGUGAUUAGAGGAAAUGUCUCAGGGGAGGACACAAGCAGCAAAGUACGUUCUGUGCUUUUCUUACCCCACAACACAGUCUGACGGGUCUGUUAACAGGUACAUGAAGUCUGCAUGAGCAACCGAGCUGUAGAUACCAAAUACAACGUGUACUUUUUUACCGAUAUUUUCAUUUGAGCAUGGUUUUAUCCAUGAUGCAAGAGAGGUGAUGGUGUUAAUGCCAAUCUUUUCUCUCCCUAAAGCUGCAUCUAAUUUUUAUUUAACAACAAUUAAUCCAUCUUUGCUGUUUCAUACUGACAUGCAUUGUGGGGGGACUCUGACAGCAGACCCUUCUGCAGCGGGGGACGACGCUGCUCGGCCAAAAAUAUACUGAUAUCAGCGCAAGAAGGCAAAGGAAGACAAGUUGAAAUGCUCAAAACAAAAAUAAAUAUUCAGCAAACCCCCGGAUGUUGAUUAACGUAGACACUCUUCAAUCUUCCUGUCUCCGGCCGCUCUCCAGUGGGUUGGUUGAGUCCAAAAUGGUGAUAACAUGGGGAGUGUUCUGAGACAGGCUGUUAUCCCCAUUAGCACUUGGUAUGUUCCUCCUGAUGAAAUUAACCAUAGACUGUGAUUGAAAUCGAGACGAUUUUGGUCGACUCAGCACGUAUCGACCAAUUAGUCGAUCAGUCGACCAGAACUUUACAUCCCUACUGAUUAUGGUCUUUAAGAUAAGGCUCUAAGCUUUGGAUAAAAUGCAGGUGCGACUUUAUUUUCUGACAUUUUUUUAGUUUUUCACUAGAAUUUAAACGAAGAAUUAAAAGAACAAGAAUUUCUAACAGCAAAUGGAACAAAAUCUUUUAAUUUGUGAGUCUCGCACCAGGUCUGUUCAGCUCCGUUUGCCCCAGAGGUUUUUCCCCCUGCAGUCCAGUUUUGUGUCCCUGUUUUCCAAAGGCCACCUCUGGACACUCUCCGCGCAGCUUAACCAGGCAGCGGUCAGUCAAAGAAAGGUCAGGCUCAGAGGAGAGGGGAGCAGCAGCAGUGGGGGGUGCCCUUCAUGUUUUCACUUCAAACAACCCCUUCACAGUCAGGUUGACAGAUUGAAGAGGAUGGAGAGAGAGAGAGAGAGGGAGGAGGAGGAGGAGAAAUAACAAAAGAAGAGGAGACAGCCCUUUUGGACUUCAUAGGAAAACGUAUAUUCAGUUUUUCCACUUUUAAAACAAAAUCCCUUGUGUAAUUUUUGUUUUGCAUCACUGAAAUGUAAACUGGAAUUCUAGCUACAUUAACUAUUCUGUGAAUUUGCCACGGUUGUGAUAAUCCACACUGUGACGUCAGUGGAAGUACACCAAAGCCUGAAAGGGAUUCAUGCUCCAAUAAAAGAUGUAUCGAGUACAAACAGUCUCCAGAUCAAGGACACCUGUUGGAGAAACGGCUCCUAAUUAUUUUUAUACAAAUAUUACAUUUUGAGUGAAGCUAAACAGAGCUGUGUAAUAUGACAAUAGACUAUAAAUCAAGAGAUUCAAUAAGAGUAAAGGGCCCAAAGGAAAACAAAGUCUCUAUUAGCGCCUAUUUAUAUUUAUACGUUUAUUAUUAUCUGUAUUGAUCAUUUUAUUUAUUGAUCAUGGUCUGUCUUUUAAAUCCAUGAGUAACAAUGCUUUCAAGCCCUGUUAUUUAUGACACCCCCGACACACAUUUCCAGGGGAAGUUUAUUUAUGCAGUAAAUUUAAGCAACAAGGACACUCAAAGUGCUACACAUAAGAUCUAAAAUGAGUCAUAACAAAGGUCAGAAAUAAACAUAAGGGAAGAAAACAUUUAAAAGUUAACUUUGCAUAGGAUCAAUUGUCUUAAAUUAAAUAUCGUUGAUUAAAUGGGCACCAAACAAAUUUCAAACUUAAAGCUCCUGUGAGGAAUUUUUUCUUUGUGUCUAAUUUGAGGGGCCCCUGUGAACAGAGCAGUCUUUGUUUAUCUUAUCCACGACAUGUCCAAGUCAUGUUUUCUCAGAAGAAUCCAAUCCGACUGACUUGUGAUGGAUAAAUCUAUAAUUUAUUAGAGAUGUACGGUGGCCCUGAGGUGCAAAACACAACGUCAAAUCAGAAAACACAACAACACAAUCUAUUGUGUUUUCUCUUUUUGUGUUGUGUUUUCUGAUUUGCCAUUGUGUUUUGCACCUCAGGGCCACCGUAGAGAUGUGUUAUCUGGAUAUUGUAAAAAAUAGGACUGUUUCUUCAACAACCACACCGGUGUGAGACAUUAAAAAGGUGCCAGUCAUCUUCUUUAUGGCCUUGUUUGCAUCUCAAUGAAAUUCAGUCUAUGUCAUAAAUGCCAAAAAAACUCCUCAUUGGAGCUUUAAGUAGAGACGCAAGGUUUGCAGAAAUCAGGGCGAUGUUCAACCAUAAAAACAAACCAGAGUUUGUCUGACAGGCAACUUCCUCUGCAAAAAAAAAGCUUCCUUCACUGAAUCAGCAGUCAGGUGUAAUAACCAGCCUGCAUUAUAUCGAUGUAAUAAAGAUAAGAUGCAGUAUGAUACAGAAGAACAUUGGCUACUGGCACCGGUGCAUGGCACAUCAUUUGCCAAUGUGCCUGUGGCUUUCAACAGGAAAAAUAUUGGCAGAUAACAAUGUUCAGCUGGUACAUCAGCGUAUCCGUGGACUUAAUGGUUAAAAAUAUCCUCCUGUAAGACGGUGUUUCACAGUCAAAAACGGAGCUAAUCUGAAUCAUUGGGACUGUGUGGGCGUGCUUUGAUGAUUGAUCAGAAAUGUUUGAGCAAAGGUACUCGGGGUACUUUUCCCUCAAUGAAUCUUUACAGAACAUCGUGUACUAGAGAUGGUGAAUUUUCUAGCUUUGCUAAAAAGUUGAAUAAGAAGUUUUUGGGAGCCUUUAAAUGUUAUAUACAUUUAUAAAGAAGACUGUUAAUAUAUAUGAAUCAGAAAAUCACAACAACCACCAACAUAAACUGUGUUAGAUUAGAGUUAAACUGGUGGAAGAUAAUGGUUGCCUGUUAAGUUGAUGGCAACCGUGUGACUUAUCAAACAUUGACAAAUGUCUGCACACGUCUUUGCUGUAAAAGACAAAUAGGACUCCUGGAGCCAACAAAAGGACUCCGUAUUGGACAUUCAGCUGGAUAAUGUAUGUUUGAGUUGGUAUUUUAACCACCAUGGGCUGCUGAUCAUACCAGAUCAGAUCAAGUUGAGUGUUUGUGCCAGAUUUAACUGUUUUCCCUUAAAAAGUUACAGAUUUAGAUACUCUUUCUAAACAGGUUUUGGGAAUCCUCAGGCAAACUAGAAAAAAUACAAUAACAUUUAGUGUGAAAGCAAGUAAGAGGAAGUGAAGUUAUUAAAAGGUACCAGAGGAAAAAGGGAAGUAAUCCUUGGUUUUGCAUCCUGAGCUGAAGCUGCACCGCUGCUGAGACGUCAUUAGAAGUGACAACAAUUUGACUGCUGUCCUUCUAUCACUCUUACACCUGUCAUAUCACUGCACACAGACUAUCAUAAGUUGUUUGCAGGAGCGUAUUCUGGCGUGACAUGUUACGGCGAAUGUUAUGCUAAUUCUGUUGUGUUCGACACACACACACACCGUCCCCGUCCCCGCCCUUCUUGCAGAGCUGUGAGUGUUGUUGGUAGCCUGCAGCGUGCAGGAGCUUUUGACGUCAACCAGUCUGUUCAGUAUUCAGCUCCAUGAAAUGGGUCACAGCUUCUGACGGUAAACCCACUGCACUGCUCCUCUCUGCUGUGGCUGCAUAUCACAUCUCACCUUCACAGCAGCUUCAGACAGUAAACAGACUUGUAAUAAACCCCACUGUGGCUUUAUUUCCACCACGCACACCUGCCGCUGCCUGCGCCGCAGUGAUUAAACGGAUUGAAUAGAUGAACUCGCAUGCAUAGUGUCAAACCUGUUAUUUUGCUUUUCACCAGGAGUUUGCACUGAACUUAACUCCUCUGAAGAAGACUUUUUCUUGACAGUGCAGUUAUACAUGGUCUCGAUUCUUUACCAUUAUCAUCUCUCACAUCCUGUUCUUUUCAUUCAGUCUACUCCUGUUGACUUAAAAGGGAUUGGUAGCUCAACAAAAACAGUUUGUGUAAGACAAAACCUCCAUUCUCUUUGAUAACCGUACAGUAAUCAUACAGUAACUCUAACUCCAGUUAUGUCAUUGCCUUUCUAAACCAGUUGGAGUAACUUAAAGGCUCUGUGAGGAUGAGAAACAGAUGCUGAUAGUUAUAUAAAGUUGUGCUAGAGUUGAGUCUUGGACAUCCUCAGACUGGUUCAGCUCCUCAUACUCAGAGUAAUAGUGAUUUUAAAGUUAUAGCCAUUGAAUCACGUGCUCAUGCACAGAGGUGAUAGUCUUGAAAGCAGGCCGCCUGGUUUCCAUUAGGACCUGUUGCCCUUUACUUAAUGUCAUUCUUAAAUCUCUCCUCUACGACGGGAGUAUUAGGGCCACAUUAAGAAUAAAAAGAAAAUUUAGACUUUGAGAUUAAAGUCACUAACUUAUGAGAAUAAAGUUAUCAUAAAAUCAUGACUUGCGAGAAUAAAGUCGUGGUAAAGUAUCACUUACGAGAGUAAAGUCAGAAUUAAGUCCUCAUCCUCUAACCUGUUGUUUAAGAUGACAGUUGUUGAAAUGAAAGCCAUGGAGCAUUUCGUGAAAAUAUACUUCUAUAUAGGUUUCUCAAACAAGGAGAUACUUAAUCUUUUGGCACAUCAACACCACAUUAUCAUAAAUAUCAUGAUGAUUUCAUUACGACUUUAUUCUUGUAAGUAGUGAUUUUAGUAUGACUUUAUUCUCCUAAGAAAUGAUUUUAUUAUGACUUUAUUCUUCUAAGAAAUGACUUUAUUGCGACUUUAUUCUCAUAAAUUAAUGACUUUAAUCUCAAAGUCUAAAAUUUUUUUUUUCAUAAUGUGGCCCUAAUACUCUAUCGUACUCCUCCCAGUUUAUCUACUCUAUGGCUUUUCUCUUAAGAUGAAUCAUAGUUUACAGAUGAAAUUUUCAAAUAAGCGGUAUGAUGCAUCUCUAUACAACCUUCGAGGCUGCGUGACUGCCAGCUCUGCAUGUUUCUGUGUUUGCUCUCAGGUGUUAACAUGAUAUGCUGGUGGUUGUUGAUUGUUUGUUGUCAGUUUUAAAGGAUUAUUAACAUCAGAGCGAAGGAAGAGGUGACUGUCUUUUCAAACACUGUCCCUGUGUCUAAGUGUUUGACUCCCUACCCACAUCACCUCCAGCCCCAUUAUGUAACACAGAUUUAUUUUUUUUCAUAUCAGUGGUAUUUAUUUGUUUUGCAUUACAUUUUUUUUCUGUUUAUGUAACUCUUUGACAUGAUGGAAAAAAGAAUGAUGGUAGGGGUUGGGGAGGGUUUAAGUGAGUCUGAUUGUCUGUUCCUGUAACUGUCUGGUCCCAUGACACCAUCACAGGGUUCGGCUGAUAAUGAACCAACUAAGCAUGGGAUUAUUUUUUCUUAUGUAAUUGAUUUUGUUGUGUAUUGCUUCGUUUUUUUUCUUUUUCUAAAUGUAAAAAAAAAAAAACAGCAACUAACACAUGUUGAAGUUUGACAGAUUUCACUUACAGUGAGUGUCCAGCAGAGAAAACCAUCAGACUGAUGAAUCUGAACUAUCACAGCCAAGAGAAAAUUAUGAAUCACUAACUCAAAUUGUGAUGAAUUAACUUCCUGUGGCACUAAUGGAUUAAUCCCUCCAGUGAAACGUUGGCACUGGAGAGGCGACAAAAUGAGAAGAAGAAAAAAAGAAAGGGUGAUUAACUGGAGAAGGUUGAAGAAAGAAGUGAGAUGGAAUGAGAUAGUGACAGAGAAUAAUAUGAACUAAUAGAAUAAAAAGGGGAGAUCUGGCAGAGGAGUUGAAGGCCCACUUCUUGACUCAGUGUGAUGUGGCAGAAAGGACUGCAGAUUUUGGUUGGAUUUUAAUAAAACACAGACGAGAUCUUCGCAGCGUUGUGCGUGUACCUCUCUGUCUUGCUCCUCCACUGAGUCAAAUCUGAGCAUUAGUCAUUCUACGGGCAGCCAAUCAGAGCGCAGAAUUGAUGACCUCAUGUCAGUCUCCAGGGGAGCGUUACCUCAUACAAAGGCUUGUUUCCUCAGCAUUCAAAUAUGUGGACACAUGGUACAUUAUGCAAAACCUGUAGACCCCUUGGAGACACGAAAGGCAUAACCCACCUUUUCUUUGGACUUUUGUAUUGUACGCUUUGACCACUUCAGCAAACCAAUCCCCCAAUGACCCUCACCUCUUCCUCUUUUUUUUUAGUUAGAGGCUACCGUUUGCAGAAACUGCUCAUAGCACAAAGUGUACUACUGCUGCACAUGGGGAAAAACAAAACUUCUCUUUUUCUCUUUAACCAACUUCUACGUGAAAGAUCAUCUGCUAACCCUUCAGUUUUGUUUCACCUUGUGUAGACUUUGGAUUCGGGAACUUCUUCCAGCCUGGAGAGCCUCUAGCCACAUGGUGUGGAAGCCCGCCUUAUGCUGCUCCAGAAGUCUUCGAGGGCCAGCAGUAUGAGGGUCCGCAGCUAGACAUCUGGGUAAGAUGUGUGAUUGCAUAAGGAGUCGAUUCAUCCAUGUGUCUUCAAAUCUUUUUAUUCUUUUGGAAUACAGUAAGACAAACAGUGAAUAUAUGUCCCUUCCUGUCUCUGAUUCCAGUACCUAGAGUGAAACUUAACACCCUCCAACACUUUAACCCUCUGUUAAAACAAAUUCACGUCAUUGAUGGAUAGCUCUAAUUUCUGGCAUUUGGUUAGCUUUGACUGGUCUAACUUUCUUACGAUGCAUAUCAUUUAAAGUCUAUAUCAGGUCAAAAAUAAAGGAGGAUUUCAAAGAGGAUGAGUCCUUAAAGUAAAGAUGGAAAGAGAUUCGCUUCUCUCUGAGAUAGGGCUGGGCGAUAAACCGAAAUACCGAAAUUUACGACAAUAACCGACGUCAUUUUGCCCAUAUCAGUAUAUUCAGUGUCAAAAAAUAAAAGAAUAAAAGUUGUUUUUGGAUGUGUGUAGGUAGGCGAUGGUCUGAUGUCCAGUCCGUAACAAAGAGGGAAAGACAGGCGAGGAGAUGGAGGACGGUUUAAAAGUUGUAGCGGCUGAAGUAGACGAAGUUAUGUAGGAGGGGUUGAGCAGCUUUUGGAGUAGUUAUCUUCUAUUUAUUGUUGUCGAGGUAAACUGCUCAAUAUAUUGUGAUAUUUAUUUGAGGCCAUAACGCCCAGCCCUAGGUUGGUCUACCACUGGCAGAGCUAACACCACCUGACUUUGAAAUGCACAUAUCUGUUCUGGUUGGACGCUGACAGUUCACCUAAACCCCGCUUAACCAAACUGCGUUACAACACCUCACCUGUCGGUCAUCUGUUGUUGUUUACAUCCAGGUAGUCGCAGUUGUCUGAACAGUAUCUCAGCUCUACAUCAAGAGAAAUAUGAAUAACUUAAAUCUGACUAAACACGCACAUCUCCACAUAAAAACCAAACCUCUUGGCAUUAGUGCCAGUGUCGGGUGCUUUGCCUAGUUUUAGAUGUGUGUAGGUAGGCCAUGGUCUGAUGUCCAGUCCGUAACAAAGAGGGAAAGACAGGUGAAGAGAUGGAGGGCGGUUCAAAAGUUGUAGAAGCUGAAGUAGUCGGAGUUAAUGUAGGAGGGGGUGAGCAGCUUGUGGAGUAGUUAUCAUCCAUUUAUCGUUAUCGAGGUGAACUGCUCAAUAUAUCGUGAUUUUGAUUUGAGGCCACAUCGCCCAGCCCUACUCUGAGAUACUGAGUGAGGAAAUAGUAAAGCAACUCAGUUUCAUCAGCCACAGUACAUAACAGUAAUGAAGAAUUCAGAGAAUCUGGAAUCAUCUCUUCACAGAAGGGGCAAGGCUGGAAACCAGUACCUGAUGGUCAUGAUCUUCAGACCCUCAGGCACACUGCAUUAAAACCAGAUACGCCUUCAUCGGAAGACGCUGCAUGGGCUCAAAACCACAUCCGAAAACUGUUGUCAGUGAACGUAGUUUGUUGCUCCAUCCACAAACAAAGAUCAAACCUGUACUACGCAAAGAGGAAACCACUUAUAAACAUGAUCCAGAAAUGCCAGCAGCUUCUCAAGGCCCGAGCCGAGAGAAGUCGUGGUUCAACAAAAGAGAAUUUGAAGUUCUUUUUGGUAAUCAUGGACGCCACAUCUUCAGUGUGAGCUUCAAAAGUGUGCACUGUAAAACAUGUGUCCUGUAUACGACCCCCAUCUCUCUUCUCACAGUCUCCCUUCAGUAUUUCUUUCUGAUGAAUACAAAAGCCCAAAAUCAAAUCUAAAAAAAAAAACUCUUUAUGAUUGUGUCAGCAGCUUUUGUUCCUGUCAUAUGGUUGUGAUUUCCCAACCGCACUUUUGCGCUUCUAUAUAUGACAUCAUUUUUGUGUUUUUGUGUGUGAAGGGUCAUCUAUUUGUGGGUAGGUUUAUGAAUUGUGAGUACUAAUAGCCUCUGAUGAUGGGUGCACCCGGUGCCCUAACCCUUGUGUGCGUUUCUGUUCACAGAGUAUGGGGGUGGUGCUGUAUGUGCUGGUGUGCGGCGCUUUACCCUUUGAUGGGCCCACUCUGCCUGUGCUCCGACAGAGAGUCCUAGAAGGAAGGUUUCGAAUCCCCUACUUCAUGACUGAAGGUAAGACUGGAGAAAUAAGAGGAAGAAACUUCGCCGACAACCCCCAGCCCACAGUACAUCCCAUUCCUAUCGGUUUUCACGCCGCGUGCAGUGUGCUUAUGAGACUUCUCCCAGCCUCUCUUAUCACGUUAUGUAGCCGGUCUGAGGUGAAAAUGGCAUGAAAAUUCCCACGAGGGGGACACUGCCGCUCAGAUGAAUAGAUUGCGCUCUCCUGUUUGAGUCAACACUCGGUUGGAUGUUCUGUUGGCAGACUCUCUUGCGGCUGCAGCCUGUCAGGGGGUCAUACCAUUAACGAGAGAACAUUUUGCUCAUUUGACGGGGAUACAGUAGGAGACACUCUGUCAUUGUCCUCUGUGCUGUGUGUACGUGUGUGUGUGUUUGUGUAUGUGCAUGCGUGCAGGCUGCGGGGGUGAGUCAGGUUGGCGAGCCGUCUCGAAGCAGCCCUGCUGUUAGCCGCUGUGCUAGCUCGCUAUCUGGCAGCAGAUUAAGUCCAGAGCUGGAGCUGUUUAUAUAACCUGGGGAAGAGCCAGUGAAGCCUUCCAGCAGCUUGCCUGUCUGUGUCUCUGAGGAGACUCUGCCUCUGUCUGUCUGUCUGUCUGUCUGUCUGUCUGUCUGUCUGUCUGUCUGUCUGAUUGUUCGACUCCCUAUCUGUGAGACAUCUUCCAGUCCGUCUGUGUCUCUGUCUGUUUCUGUCUUCAUGUGUCUGUCUAUCCCAUCUGCAAGUCUGCAGCACUUUCUCCACAGGGGGUGCGCUCACUCAGAGAGUUGACCAGAUUUCUUUCUUUCUUUCUUUCUUUUUUUUUUUCCUUCCUCUCUCUGGAAACAAUUAGGACGUUUAGGUGGAAUGUAGGAGUGUAAUGUCAGCUCUCUGGCCAAACUGACAUCCAGAUCUGACUCCCUCCUCCCUAACCCUCUCAACCCCCCCCCUGCUAGUCAAGUCCUUGUUCCCUGAACAAGGGGGGAACAGAGUGUGCUGAUUUCCUCAUCCAGAAAGAGUCCACCUCAUCUCCUCUCGCAGGUCCAGGCUGUGGUGCUCAGCACAGCCCCGCACCAUUCAGUAACCUCUCACCAGAGUAUCUCAGCUCUGUGCACACUAUGGUCUACUCCCAACUUUAAUAACAAACGUUGGAUGUUGUCUUAUGCUUAUCCUGCUGUUGCAUAAUGCUCAGUCCUGGUAGACAGCAGUGCAGUGUAGGAUAGCCUAGAGUCAUGUGUAUCUAGAACAACAAACAACCCAGCUCUUGAGUUCGAGUCUCUUAUCUGUGUGUGACAUCUGCAGCUGACACUCUUGGCACACAGCGGAUCAGAGCAGCAGCGUUUUUUUUUUUUCUUUCUCAAUCAAUUGAUGAAUCAUCGGGUCUACUGAAUGUAGGAAAAGUGCGACAAAUGUCAGUCACAAGUGGGGGAUACAAACUGGAUUAUUUUAUCAAACCAUCCCAAACCAAUUAAUUUAAAAAGGAUAUAUAACUGAGAGAGGAGAGGCAUGAUUAAAACUUCUAAGAAUGCUUUAUUUUGAGUUUUACUGUAAUUGCAGAAACCAAUUUAUCUGCAAAUCAGUCGAGCCGUUACAGAGCCCCAUUCAGAAGUCGAAAUACACACUUCACAUGUGGCCUCUCUGAGUGAAUGUCAGCUUGUUGUGACAUUUUCCCUUCGGUCUUGUGAUGCAGCAAUACAGCCACUUAGAGCCCCCACAGACGGAAGGCCUCUGCUGAAAGAUCGUGUCGCAUUUUCAGUCCGAAAUGUCCGCAUGUGAAGUAAUCAACCAAAUAGGAAAGGAAGACUACGCCUCUCAGUACCUUCUCAAACUUCUUGCAACAGUCAAUCUGUUCUCCUACAUUGCUGCAACUCUACACCGCUGGGAUAUAGACGUGUUAACUGGGAUGGUUUUGUGGUUAAGUCAUGGUGGUGUAACACGCUGGCUGAGAGCGGAGCGUCAAUCAAACAGUCCUGCCUGGACCGGGCACGCAGUGUCGGCCCCUUCUACAUAGUCCAACCUCCCCUGGUGGUUAGCAGUGUCGAAACAUGUGCUUGGCUUCAGCUGUUGCUAUAAACACGGCAGUAGUAACGAGCGGUGGCAGGGUGACUCCUGGGUCGAACCAAAUUGUACCCUGCAUUGUAUUCGAAGCAGUUAGCAGCUAGGAUGGGACUGCAUGUGGUUAAAGUGCGCCUAAGGGCACACUUGUUAUGCACAUAACAGGAGAAAGAAAAAAAAAAAGGAGUUGGCUGAACCUUCAGGAAUGAGAUGGAGAAAAGGAAUGUGAGUGGACAUGAGCAGACCAGCAGGGCAACUGGGAAGAAUGUGGAGCAGGGAGUUUAAGUUGGUUUGAUCCUCAUUUUUCAGCCAGUAUAAAAACUCAGCAUAGAGAUAAUUGAUUUCGAAGUUUAUGUCUCAGAAUGACACUUUUCUUUUAAGAUCUGAGCGCCGGGUUUGUCGGUGAGGAAGAUGCUGUGCAGUGGGUAGGAAUGCAGUGCAGGCAAGAAGGCUGCACACAGGCCAAAGCAGCACAGCCAGGGGUACUGUAAUCCUGUUAAGAACCCAGCUGUGUCUGACGUCAAACUCAUCUAGCCACUAACUAGAGGUGAGGAGCUCUCAUUAGGAUGGAGGCAGGAGAGGAAGGAAACCUGCCCAGAAGUGACGGCAGAGUUAACUGAAGAAUUUAGCAGAUUUAAGCUCCUGAGUGCUUUUUUUUCCGCCCUACUUCAUCUGGGCUGCUUUGACGAGGACGUGACGCUCUGUUGCUUAAUUUGCUUCAUCAUAGCUUAUACAAGAAGUGCUGAGCGAUAUCAAACAUAAACAACCUCUUCCUUUUUAGAUCAUAAAUAUGAACGGCUAUAAAAAUCUCCCCUCACUUCCUCUUGUGGUUGUUCUUUCCACCAGACUGUGAGCACCUGAUCCGUAGGAUGUUGGUCCUGGACCCGUCAAAGCGUCUGUCUGUGGCUCAGAUCAAGGAGCACAAGUGGAUGGCUCUGUAUGUCCCCGUGCAAAGGCCUGUUCUGUAUCAGCAGCCGCUGUCUGCUGAGGGCGAGGCCGGCGUCGGAGAGUACAGCGAGCAGGUCCUGCGCCUCAUGCACAGCCUGGGUAUCGACCAGCACAAGACUGUAGAGGUGAGGAGGAGUCGGAUUGAUUUAUCCAGUCAGGUCUGGACACACAAAAGCACUGAUGAUUCUUCCAAACGCUUAAAUUUUAGCAAGUUUUAAACACAGACUAUGAAAGAUGAAUUAAAAACAUUUUUCCACAAAUCAGGCGCUGUGGUAGCUUAUAGCGUUUGUUCCGAAAAGUCUGAACAACAAUCACAUGUGAAGGUUUUUUUAAGCCCUGACUGCUGGAAAAUAGAACUCCUGUUGAGCACAUCUGAACCUUAAGGGGAAAUAUUUUCAACCGUUCAGAUCUGCUCCUUGUCUGUAAAACCAAGAGGGUGUAAUAUCUGCUCAGUACUUUCCUCAUACUGUGUUUCAAUAAUGCAUCUUUUGUCUUUUUAACCAGUAUCCAGCUCUUUAGCAGCUGUAAGGUCAAUGAAAGAAGGAGCAUUUGCGAUGAAUUAAAGCAAAAACCCUCAUUAUUUCAUUCUGUCCUCCUCCAGUCUCUGCAGAACAAAAGCUACAACCACUUUGCUGCUAUCUACUACCUGCUGGUGGAGCGGCUCAAGGCCCACCGCUGCAGCUUCCCCGUCGAACAGCGGCUCGACGCCCGCCAGCGACGGCCCAGCACCAUCGCUGAACAGACUGUUGUCAAGGUAACGUCAGGGCAGCGAGAGGGUCCUGAAUCCCAUGCAUGGAAAUUAACACUCUCACCUCCCUGAUCAAAGCGCCGUUAUUCACACCUGCAGCCAGGAACAAACAAACAAACAAGCGGGCAGAUCGGACCCAGCCGGGGUCUGUCGUCACCUCCCCGUGUUCAUCCUAUCAGCUCCUCCUUGAUCUUAAUUCCUUCUUUACAUUAUUCAUCAUCUCUUUUCUUUGUCUUUUCUUCUCUUUUCAAGGAUUAUAACCUCAAAUGUACAGCCGCGUUAUAUUUUUGCAUUAUAAUCAAGGACGUUGUCGAGUAUCUUUCUUUUUCACGUUCUGUCUCUUUGUCUCCCUCUCUACAGUCAACCAGCGGUUCAGCUCAGGUGGGUUUGCUCCCUCAGGGUGUUCGUCUGCUGCGCCCUCCUGCUGUGCCCCAAGCCUCCUCCGAUGCUUUCACCUUCCCUCAGCCCGCGUGCCCCCUGGAGCAGAACUUCAUGGUGGAGGAUGUCAACACGCCCAAAGUAUGUCUAAUACUAAAAAAAGAGAAAAAAACUCAGACUGAGGCUUCAGUUACAUGGAUUUGUUGUUGUCGGUGUGUUUUCCUUCUUUGUUCUUCUACGACAGCUCACACACUGCAGGCUUUUCUCGUAGUUAUUAAGCUCGCUCAAGUACGUCCUGAGAAAUUAUCCUGAUGAGCUUGACGCUGAUUUGCUUUGAUAAGCAUACCUUGUGUGGUUUCGAGUGUGUGUUUGUGUGUUUGUGUGCGUGUGUGCGGUUUGCUCGCCCCAUCAGACUUCCACAGUGCAGCUGAUUUGUUGUCUUAUGUAAAAUCUCAACUAGCACUCACAUCAAACAGGACAGCUGCCUAUCCUGCACGGCUCCCAGACACACACAUAAGCACACGCGCGUACGCACGCCCUCUUUCCCUGUUUAUCUGUGCCAACAAGCAACCUUUUCCUGCAGUCCUGUUGAGCUGACAGACUAUUAAACAACACAGACAUCAUUCUGAGCCUGUCUUCUCACACUUUCACACACACACAGACUCGGUAACACAAAUAAGUAUAGUCACACACAUUAAAUGCUGUAUCAUUCCUCAAGGUUUCUUUUCCGUCCCACCCCCUCCCCUAGUUCCAAUAAACAGUGAUGUGUGCAGUGUUUGAGUGUGUGUGUGUGUGUGUGUGUGCACAGAGCAGAACAGAGCAGAGAGGGAGACAGGGUGCACGUUAUCUGCGUGAAUGGAGCCUGGUUAUGUAAGCCGUCCUGUGAUGAUGAUGUGACCUAAUGCGAAGCUGAGUGAACACACAUGGACAGGAAGCUGCGAUCUCACCGCUGUGACCUCCUCUACCCAUCAGCCAACAGCUCAACUUUUUUUUUUCUCUCUCUCUUUGGCUCUUCUGUUUCUCUUUUUCCUUUCAGCUCCUCCUGUCUCCCUUUUUUCUUCUUUCUCCCCCCCCUCAUGACCCCCCUCCUCCCCUCUUUUUUUUUUUUUUCAUCCUCUAUUUCUCAAUGUCGUUUCCCCCUCUUGUCCUCUGCCUGGCCGUGCGCGUGUGUGCAUGUGUGCGUGUUGGUUGAGUAACAGCAUUCCUAUCCCAGAGCACUACAGAAAGCAGAUGGGGAAUUGGGCAAAGUUGCUCUGGGCUGACACAAGGCUUUUUAGAUUUUCUGCUGCCGCUGCUGCUCAUGCAGAGGAGAUUUGCGUGUGUGUGUGUGUCCAAGUGUGUGACUUCAUGUAUGUGUCUGUGUGUCAAUCAAAACUCACUCUCUGAUCUUUCACUUCUUUAUCCCCCUCCCUCUAUCUCUAGGCCUACACACACAUGUUUGCAUGCCUUAAGGAUGAUACAUACAAACAUGCACUCAGUAUGAGACCAGUUGUGGUGAGUGGAGGGGAAUGACUAAUGGAGCUCCAGUCGUCAAUAUAAUGAACGCCUUUUUUUUUUUAAGGAGCUGUAUUUGAUAAAUGAUGGACGCCUGAUUAGAGUUUCCGCCUUUCUGUUGUUUUUUUCCGCCUUUAGGUGAACGGCUGCCUGCUGGACCCCCUGCCUCCCCCCACUGUCCUCCGCAAGUCCUCCACCUCCUCGCCUAGCAACAUGAUGGAGACGUCUAUAGAUGAGGGCAUUGAGACGGAGGAGCCUGACGCGGACGAGGAUCCGCCUCACCUCCUCUCGGCGUAUCAGACAGCUCGGUUCGGCCAGCGGAGACACACCCUGUCUGAGGUGACCAACCAACCAGGGCCUUCAAACCAAGGUAUGAUGUCGUACAACCGCUCAAACAGUGCGACCAUUCACUCACAUUUGCAACUAAUAAUAGAUGUGUGCAAAUGAAAAAAAUCAGCCAAGGAAAUAAAGUUGUUUUUUGUUUUUUGAUUUUUUGAUUUUAUUGAUUUUUUCCAAGAACAUAAACAACAAACAAGCGCUCUGAAUUCACAUUGAUACCAAAAUACAAAAGAAAAUAUAGCAUCAUCCAAAAUAUCCCCACCCUGAAACCCACCCCUGCAUUACCACACUGCCUACACGCUCCACCCCAGUCCCUUAGCCGUCCCCUUCUGCCGCGCCAGUCACCAUACACAAGUACUGUGCCAUCUCCCAGCCAUGUAGUAUAAGAAAUAUGAAAGUUCACUGGUAAAUAAAAAUAAUACAAUAAAAAAAUUACAUAUCUAAGUAUAAAGAUACAUAAAUUGAAUAGUGAAAUGAAAACAAAGAGGGGGGAGGUCUAAAGACAGGUGAUGGCAAAAAAUAGGCACAUUACAUGCUGACAGAUCUUCUAGUGGGAAAUAAAUGGUUUUUUUAAUGGAAAUACCAUGAGAAGAUAGUUUUUGGUUGGAUUUUCGAUGGACACUCACUGCGGGUCUUCUUGUGUCUACUCACUCUUCAAAACCGUGAAUAUCAACAGCAGCACAGUUAAAUCUACUGGGCACCAUCACUGUCAACGUCGAGUGUUGAUUAAGGGACCAUCAAUAAAUUACCAGUUGAUGUUCUCAAAAAAGGCUGUUUUCCUUCAAUAGCUUUCAUGUCAUGUGACCAAUUGACCUAAAAUUGAUUUAAAAUAAUAGUACUAAGGUCGGACAAUGAGACAUGCCUCUUUAUUUCCCUAAUUUGUCCUCAAAAAAAUUUUUUGUUAAAUUUAAGUCCAAAUUUUGAACAUUUUCUUCAAUAGCUUUCAUGUCAUGUGACCAAAACACCUAAAACUGAUUUCAAAUAAUAAUACUCAUGUCGACCAAUUUUCCUUGUGCCUCUAAAUUUCUUUGUGUGCUCCUUAUGAAAAAACUUAGUGUCAAACCCUGUCAUAUAAAACUAUUUCUUCGACUUGAUUCAAUGAAAUUAAAUAAAACCUUUUCUCCCCUUGAAGGUAAAUUAUUCACUCUUGGCCACAACCCCUCCAUGGGCAGCAUGGACUCAGAUAUGGGCUACGACAUGGGCUCCAUGCAAAGCGACCUCAGCCUGCUGGAGGAUGCCCCUUCUCUCAGCGAGGUGGUACAGACCAACAGCUCCGCGCCCGGCGUCAACCCCUCACCUUUCAUGGGGACACGUCCGGCAAACCCAGCGAUGGCCGCCCUGACUUCGCAGCAUCGGGAGGCGCACAACCGUUCCCCUAUCAGCUUCAGAGAGGGACGCCGAGCCUCAGACACCUCACUCACACAAGGUAUGAAACACCUUUUAUUUCUUCUUCUCAACACAAAUAGCAGAUUUCACCGCUUCUCUACUGUGACACUGAAUUUUAGUGCAGUUUAAUGGACAGGAGGGAGACAUUCGGCUGCAGUAAAUAUCAGAGAACCCUGAAAAAGUGACACCUACCUCAAGAGAUGUCACCUUGCAUCAUCAGCAGGAUCUGAAGUCUCGCUGAAAAGUUCAAAAACAUUAAAUUUUCUUGGAUUUCGGAGUCAAACAGACGUUGAAAAUGGCUCAAAGUGGCCUUAGCUGCUACAUGUCAGAUUUCACCGAGGGCCUUUAAGUUGGAAAUGAUGGUUUGACAAGACAAGAGACAAAAGGCAAAAUCUCAGUUACCGGUUCUGCAACACUGACCGUUUUGUAACUCAUCUUAUUGUGCCGCUGUACUACUGUCACUCUGUCCUCACAGCUGCACGCCGCAGCACAUUCUGUCACAUAUAGGAAAUCACCAUCUGAAGUGGAAGUAAACAGGAUAAGUUGAGAGAAACGCUUUGAAAUCAUAAUCAGAAACAUAUAUAAGUGUCACUUAGAUGAAAUGGCAGAUCCAGUACAGACUCUGGCGCCGCAGUUUGAAGUGUCACCCUGCAGAUGUCUGAGGCUCCAGGAUCCGAAGAGCUCUGGAGCACCAGUCAAGAGAGAGAACAUUGAUCCUUGUGACACAGAUGACACACACCCCUGCUGCAGCUGCUCCCUCACACACACACACACACAUCCAUAUACUGUAUAUGUAUACCGCCCUCUGGAUAAAAGCACCUCAUUCUCACUCUGUCAUUUGCCCUCCCUCCUCUCUUUCACACAUUUCCCCCUGUCCCUUCCUCCUCUCUCAUCCUCUCUGUCUCUCUGACGACAUCAGCUGUGAUGAUUUCAGUUAUGAAUCACAGACAGAUAUUUAAAGGUUUGCUGCCCACAUAUCUCCCUCUCCCUCUCUCUCUUCCUUUUACCCCUUGUACCACUUGCUCCUCUCCUCGCUGCUCGUUUCCCUCCUUCUUUUUUCUCUCUUCCUUGUGAAAGUUUAGUCCGUGGCAGUCAGGAAUUGUCGCUCCGCCACAUCAGAGAGGAGGACCAGCCAAAAUAUAAGGGGGGAAUGUCAAGCAACCUCCCCCGUUUUUUCUUUACAGCUACAUGAUUCAGUGCCUGCUGGUUGUAAAUCACCUGUUCUGUGGCCAAGUAGAAACUUUAAUUAUAGCCGCCAAAUGUGUUUCUUCCUGAGCUCGACAUUGACAGCCUGGCCCUGUGCAUUUCUUGUCGGUAUUUGCGGCUGAUUAUAUAUUUAUUUUUGUAAUCCUCUUUGGUAAGUGUCGAUGGGGCGGAUUCUUUUGCGUCAGACUGCUGACUCUUGUUUUUAAAUAACUCCCACCAUCGCGGUGAGUCAGGUCCCAUCGUUCACAGCUUGACACCACUGGAUGGGUCUUAUAAGAACGGAUACUGUCACUCCAGCACAAGCAAACACUCACUCAGAGCGGAUCAUGACGUAUAUGGACUCAGAGGGUCAAGAGCAGAAAUGUGCCAGUGAGGAUUAAACCUGGAUUUCUGACUUUUUACGUCCUGUUAGUUUCGAGAAGUGAUUCUGAUGAAUAUCUGCAAGAUUUGACGCUGAUUUAAAGUCCCACUCUGAUGGGUUUCUGUUUUUUACUACUUGUUUUUAGUGUUUUUAGCCAAGACGGGGGGAAAAAAGCAGAAUCGAAGGUGAAAACAAGAUGGCUACCUCUACGAAAGUUACUUUAGCACUUGCGUUGUCUGAAUAUAAGGCAAGCGCUAAAAUAACUUUCGUAGAUGUAGCCAUCUUGUUUCAUGCCUCUGAUUUUGCUUUUUACUGACUUGGUAACUGAAAGGCUAGAAACUCGGAUGUGACGUCAUUUUCAGCUCCUACAUUUGACUUCCGAGGUAACAUGAACGCAGCAUAAACCCGGAUUUCUGACUUUUUAUGUCCUAUAAGUUUUGAGGCCUGAUUCUGAUGAUCAUCUGCAAGAUUUGAUGCUGAUUUAAAGUCCCACUCUGAUGUUUUUUUUACUACCUCAAGUGUUCUCAGUGGUCUUUAAAUUGUGAUUAUUAAGUUUUAAGCCAAAAUCAAGUUACCUGUGUCGUUUCCAAGGGUUUUUCUUCUGCAGAGCUCAAGUAGCUCAUUAGCAACUCACCGCUAACAUAUUCAGCGCUCAGACACUAUUGUCUUUGGGGACACAAUGAAAGCUAAUGUUAUGAUUCGCUUUCUUACGAGCAUUUCAAUCCGCUAACGCAGAUGCCUGUUCCGCCAUCGUCCUCUCUAUUUCUCCUAGCCUGGCCUGCAUAGCGGGGCUUGGGGGGCGGAGCUUUGAUUUUCUACGUAGGAAAUGUCACUGUAUCUGAUCCUGCUGUUUGGGUCUGCCAGAGAUUCACAGUGAUUUGAAUGCAGAAAUACUCUUUUUUUUUUCAUUAUAUGUCCUCUGGUACAUGUAGACAACAAGAAAAACAUGAGUGAGUCUUUAACUCGUGUGUUCUUUCAGGUCUGGUGGCGUUCCGGCAGCACCUCCAGCACUUGGCGAGGACCAAAGGCAUCCUGGAGCUGAACAAGGUCCAGAUGCUUGUGGAGCAGAUGGGCUCUGGGGAAGGAGCUGCAAUGGGGCCCCUGGGACCUCAGCACCACUUGCACAACCUCCUGGAGGUCAGUCCGGCUCCUGCCACACAAACACACCACAACACUCGCACCCAUUCAAGAUCUUUCUCUUCCUAAACCAGUUCUCAGCCUAAACCCCUCAUGUCAGCCAGGAAAAAAAUUGGAGGAAGAAAAAAAAAAAAAACGGGGCACCCAAGUUGUUGUGUAAUCUCAGAUGAGGCAGCCAACUGUGGCUUGUUUACUGUCUCCCCCUUGGGGCCUGGAGCCUGCAGCCUAGGCCAAAGUGAAUGCAGCCAUUGUUGAGGUCAGUCAGACUCAACCCCAGUAGUGACUGGCACUCAAUAGGCCCCGAACUGCAGUCACACACAAUGACAGGCACACAUGUACACAAAAAACGCUACAACUCGCCUGAACACACAUUUCAGGACAGACUGAGGAACAAAACAACACAAACAUUUGUACAAGCAGACAAGAUCUCGCUGCUGUCCUUCAGCCCAUCUCUCAUAAUGUAAUAACGCAGCUCUCUGCUGGUUACGAUGCUCGGGCCUCAUCAUCCUUUUAAUUUGCUUUCAUUUCAUGUAACGACUGUGUAAUCCCUGUGGUACAUGCCAUUUAGAGAAAGGCAUCUGGCUGAUCAGUCACCACACAGGCAUUUGUGCCGGAGACUGCAUGGAUAAUCCAGUUAGAGCUCACGAUGAAGCACCCAGACCCUGACACAGCUUCAUUACCCGGCAGGACAGGGGCCCUUGGGAUAUGUGUGCCCAUGUGCAUGAGUGUGCAAGAACACGAGAAGAAGCGUCCUCUUGUUUUACUGAUUCUGUGUUUGUGAUUGAAGGGUGAGGCAUCCAAGCAGCAGGAAGGCCUAGCUUUAUACCAAGGCGGGCCUCAUCCGCCUCUCCUGUCCCGCAGACAGAGCUUGGAGACGCAAUACCUCACUGCUCGACUACAGGUACAGUCUGACUCCACUGCAGGGUUCCUACACAGCUGGAAUAUCCAUACUUUUCCACACCCUACAUUUUAAAUUGUUUUUGGAAAUACCUACUUUUCUGUUUUAGAAAACAGUAUUUCAGAACUGUGGUGAUAGUCUGGAAAUAAAUAUUUUUCCAUACUUUAUUUUUCAUUUUCCAAAAAAAUUUUCAGACCUGGAAAUUGAUCAAAUCUAUUUCCAUCCUUUUCCAUACUUGCAUAGGAACCCUGCCCCUGAGUAUAACCUACAAACCUGUCUCUGUCUCUCUAAAGCUAAUCCUAAAGCAGUAAACGACAGUGAUAUAAUCUGAAUACUUGUAGUCAUGUAGUCAUUAUCCAAAACACAGUCAUAAGUCUGAAUUUCUCUUUCUGCCCUAAAGGCCAACGUGUUGGCUAACAGUCCUGCUAGCUGCCAGCUUUUCUGCAAAGAGAAUCCUCGAAGUUUAGAGCAGCAGCUGCAGGAACACAGGUGAAUAACACUUCAGUUUUUCAUGCCUUUCUUUUGUGCACCCUGUCACAGUUACUGUUGUGAUAUUUUCUUGAUUCAUUUAUGAAGAAGGAAACAUUUUUGAUCACCAUGUUUUUCAGACUAUAAGUCACAUUGGAGUUUAAGUCGCACCAGCCAAAAAAUGCAUAAUGAAGAAAAAACCUAUGUCGCGUUUUUUGGGGGAAAUUUAUUUUACAAAACCAAAGACCAAAAACAGAUAUUUCAUCUUGAAAGUCAAGUUAUAAUAAUAAUAAUAUUAGAAUAGAGAACAACAGGCUGAUUAGGUGUACGGUAUGCUAACGUAACAUGUUGCUGGUUAUUCAGCUACAUGAAGCAUAAACAAUGAACUCAGUAGGUGUCUGGUCUUUUAACAUAACAUAUUAACAGUAAAGUAUAAAAAACAUAACAAAGCAAGUUUAUCAAACUCUCAAUCUCACUCUAAAUCACUAAAUCUAUCGAAUUCUUCAUCCUCUGUGUCACUUCUGAACAACUUCCCCAACCACGGAGGUGGACGAAGUGCCGCCUACUCUUCUGCGUGACUGUCCACUAUGUAUGAAAUUAUAUCUUUUAACCCUCUGGAGUCUGGGGUAUAAUUGGCCGUUUUUGACUACUUUUGAUUUGACCUUUACAUUUCCCCUUAAAAACGGUUUACCUUGCCUUGCUUGGUAUCAUUUUUUUCAGCACAACGUCAUUUGUGUGAAUUUACAAUAAUUUUAUCAUGUUGACAUACUGUAUUAGCAGAGAGAACCUAAAUUCACACACAAAACACAAAAUCCGAGUGGGAAAAAAUAAUAUUUUUUACUGUAAAAACCACAAAUAUGUUUAAUAGAUAUAAGUCGCACCUGAAUAUAAGUCCCAAACCCUGCCAAACUAUAAAAAAAGUGUGACUUAUAGUCCGAAAAAUAUGGUAAUAUUAAUUGAAAAGAGUCAUAUUUCUUCCCCGUCAAAAAAACAACUUUUUGUAACUUCUAAGUCUGCAAACAAACACCAGCUGCUUGUAUCUCUACUCUGCUUUAGAUUUAUAAAAGAACUUUUGCAUAUUUGUUCUCUUGUUCUGAAUCAUGCCAUCCUCUCCCCGCAGACUGAAUCAGAAGAGGAUGUACCUGCAGCAGCAGUCACAGGGCAUGGGGCUGCAGGCCUACUUCAACCAGAUGCAGAUAGCUGAAGGAUCCUACCCCACAGGCAGCCCUGCUCUCGACCCAGCAGCUGCUCAAAGUUCCCCUCAGGGCCCCCCUAUGUCAGCUGCCCAUCAGCCUCAGCCCCAGCAGCAGGGCAACCCUCAGGCCUCGCCUCCUUUCAGUCACAGCCUCACCCCCUUGAUGGAGCCGGGCGAGGGCCUUGUUUAUGACCCGUACAUUAGCCACCACCACUACACUCAGCACCUUCCCCCUGGAUCGCACCUCCACCACCAGCUCCACAACAUGCAGCCUCAUGAAGCCCCUCCCAGCGGCAUGGGCUACAGCUUCCCAGGCUGCGAGCAGCAGAUGUUGGGUCCUUCCGGUGAGCCUCUCCUACCUGAGCAGUACGACUUCUCCGCCUUGGACCCCACUUUGCUUCCCCCGCCUGCCCCGGGGGAGGCCGAGGGCGGAGCUGUGGGCGGGGUCAUGGCUGGUCUGGGGCAGUCGGAAGGCAUGGGCCAGUCUGAUCUGCAGGGCUCCCUCUUGGACAGUGAAAUGAUGGAGACUGUGGACUCCCAGCACGGCUUUGUACUGGUCAACUGAAUAGGGGUCCGAGAGAAAUCAGUAUUAAGCAAUGAGAACCUACAGAGCCCUCAGAGGAGAGAGAACGGAGAUAUAAGCGGAGGCCACAAGCGUAGCAACAGGGAAGAAGACGAAGUGUUAACUUUUGUACGACUAAUAUAAACUUUAAUUUCUUAGUUGAUACAAACCUCAGACAACCUCUCUACCAAAAUCCUCCCUUAGCCGACUUCCCUUUCUCCCUCUCUUCUGUUCUCGCUCUCAUCGACCACAUGAGGCAGGAGCAGCUCUGAUGUGUGGCACAAAGUGACCCUUGCCGUGCUGUUUAGGCAAGGCUGCUGCUGUUGUCACAGAUGUUGUGCCCCCCCCCUCCUCCUCCCCUUGCCCCUGCUGCGAGGACUGUGACGUUCAGCCCGCGGAGCUGCUGCACACCCUGGAGGCCACCGGAGUGCAGCUUCACCUAGAAAUGGUUUGGAAGUGAACUAAUUUAAGACUGAAUGACAGACAACCAAAAGGACAACGGCUGGCAGUGCUUUUUUUGUAUUUAAAUAGGACACCACAACAACAAUAGACUGGUUCUUGAAGCUGUUUUUUUUUUUUUUCCGCCUUUGUUUUUUUUUUCUUUUUAAUUCAGUAGAAGAAGUGAACAAUAGAAAGUGGCCCUCAUUUAUCACGGUACCAUAAUUAUAACUACAAAUUCAAGAGUUAAGUGUUUUCCUCUCCACAUUAUAGAGAUUGUUUUCCACACUACUGUGACCACAAACAUGAUGGUUGUCUUCAUAAUAGCUCAAGUUUCAACACUACCAUCUUAAACACAGCGUUCGUUUGUCAUUUUUCGUUAACACAUAACCCUAAACACGCUUAUUGAAGCCCCAGGCUGGUGAGUAAUGCACCAUUUGUUUAGCUUGUACAGCGCUAAAGCUAAGCACUAGCACUAAGCACUCUCUCCGAGCUGUUUUUUAUUUCUUUAGAUGAUACACAAAUGAAACUGAUAGACGACACUUCUGUAGCUGCAAGCUUUAAAAAAAAAAAAAGUCCAUGUGACAUAAAUGAUAGUUUUUUUCUCUUUGCCUUUAUUUUACUCGUUACUACUGAUCCUCAUUUAUUUCUCACACUACUGAACUGCUAUUCCACCUCUCCGUCAGAUUGCACAAACAUGCCUGUUUUUAUUUCCCCCCCAAAUAAGCGAAGGAUAAUAACCAGUUCGAGUUGUCUGUGUUACAGUCGAAUCGUGGGUCAUGUGUUCGCCUGAUAAAUGAGGGCUGAUGUAAUUAACGCGUGUUUUGGUCGAGAAGUAGCGGCGUUAGGCUGUCGAUAUUAUUCUAUUUUUGUGGCAAUACUGAAGCAAUAUUAUCAUUAAUCCUUAAAUGUGGAGGGACGAUGAAUGGAAGCAUCACCUGUACAGCGAACUCUGAUUGGUUCCCGGGGACCUCUCGAGUCAUCAGCAGCGACAUUACUCGAGCCGAUGAUGUAACCAGGAGAUAAUCUCUCACCCGUUUGUCCCCCCUGAAAGCGCAGGGACGAGCCCGGAGACUAUUGUGUGUAAAUGAGUUGUGUGUAAGUGUGAGAGAGUGAGUGUGUUUGUGUAUGUUUGCACAAUUCAUACAUCAAAUUUGUCGAAUCUUUCAUUGUCGUCACCCAAAUUGACAAACACUGUAUUGACAUCUACAUCUAGAAUGAUACAAACUGUGCGUUUUUCCCCUUCGGUGCAAUCAGGUGUAGCUUAUCGAUGAAUUCUGGUUUACAUCCUCAGAACUCCAGUCAUGCCCCUUUGUUGUUUUUAAUGUUUGUAACCACGGAGCAACCCCCCCGUAAAGAUUCCCUGCAUUAGAUUUCAUGAACGAAUGUUUCCUCUCUGACAUUUGAAGGCUGCUGUGAGACAAAGACGAGCAAAAAAAAAAAAACGUCACUCGCCUGACACUGGAUCUCACUACAGGCCAACCACCGCUCUCUUUGACGAACAGCGUGCCGGCGAUCGAUCAGAGAUUUUUGUUUUACAGCACUUAGACUGUGUUCAAUCUACUUGAAGCGCACACAUGUAUCUACUCUGACAGAUAGUUUAAAGAAAAAGUAACUUUUCAUAAAACUGGACGGUGAACCUCAGCGGGUUAGGAUGACGUUAUUGGACUGUGACGAUCUGCCAGGCUGCAGGGCCCUCGAGGGUCAGAUGUUAAAUUCUGAGAGAGUUUGUCGUCACGAUUGGCCCUCAGAUUUGAUGGAGUAAACGGUCUUAAAAGACGUCUCGAAGUGUGGACCAACUUUGGUUGCAGUCCUGCGCAAGACUGAAAGGGAAAAUCCACCUUCUGAUGCUUUUGAACACAGAGAGUAAUCCAGACUGAACUUCCUUCUGAUUCAAUUAUUCAGUUUAAAAAUAAUGUGAGAAAAGGUUGCCAUGAAGUUGAAAGUCAAACUUUGACUCCUGAUCUUUCAUAUCAGGAACAUAACUGACAAACACGUUUUACAUCGUGCCUAAAAUGGUAUGUCCUCUGUCAAAAAAAUUGCUGCUUAUAUUUUUUACCAUGUGACGGACAGAUGACAUGUUUAAACAGGCACUUGACACCACUGAGGUUUGAACUUUGAGUAAAGCUGAUUCAAGAUAAUGACGUAUUUCCUUGGCUGAACACACCUAUGAGUUUCGGGAUGUGAGAUUAAAUGCUCUGCAGAUUCACUCCAGCAACAACAGCCACAAUAGAUCAGAGUGCACUGCAGCAACAAGACAUGUUGCAAAACUGGUCCAGUGGCUGCAUUAAUUAGUUCCACCCUAAAAUUUACAAACUAUUCGGGUAGCUGGUUAUGUUUAUGUGGUCAUACACCCACAUGCUGUUGACAGGAAUAAGCUCACACCCAGUCAGUGGGUCACAUGGACGAUGUGUUUAGACAGAGGAGGAACUUGAAGCAUUCGGAUCAUUAUCAGUAGCAGUGUUGAAGCGUUAGAGGGUGGAUUUUUCCUCUGUGAAUAUUAAGAUCCUUUAUUUUGUGAAUUGUCAGGCCGGAGGAGCUACAGGUCGAUCUGUUGAAGUUGAAUACUGGAGCACUUUGACAGCACGGGGAAGAGGAGAUGUAGCGGGAGAGGAGGAGGUGGAAAAGGUUUGUAUUGCUCUGCCGUUUCCUGGCAGAUGAAACAAAACCGCAAUCUUUAGGAAACAUCUUUCUCCUCUCUCUCUUCCCCCACCAAUAAUGGACACAAAACACAUUUCUUUCAAAGAAAGACCAGACACAGCAACACUUUAUCUGAUUGUUGAUUUUUAAAUCGAAGAAAGAGUUGACACUUUUCAGUACACGAGGAGUGUUAUUUGUACAAAGUAGAGUCGUAGUAAAUCCUCGGUGUUGCACUGAGGUUGAUUUUGUGUUGAACGUGAACGUGUUCAGUGUGCCUUUUACUUUUUUCAAUCUAAAUUAAGGUUUUGGAUAGCACCAUUAUUUCUGUUUGAACCCUUUUAUCAUUUAUUUUUACUAUUAUGACUUUUUCUGUACUUUUAUUUUUUUUUUCUUCCAAUAAUAGAGCCAGGUUUUACAAAGGUACAAAACCAAAGUCCCUCAGAAGUUUCCCUGUAUGACCCACCGUGUGGAGUUUUUGGAGCUUCUCUAUCAGCUUCUCUACCAUGCUUUUUUUUUUUUCUCUCUCUCUUUCUCUCUUCUUUUGUUGGUCAAUCAGUGUAUGCCAUUUAAAAGUAUUAUAGCAAUAUUUCUCUAGCUGAAGACUCAAAACAUGAAGAUUCUAGUGGACGUGUUUCCAAGUACCAUAAUUUCACCUCCUGCUGAUAAAACAAAAAACAUCAAUCUAUCAAUAGAAAAUCCGAUUUUAUAUUUACCUUCAUUGAUGUUGACCACACAUAAGCUAACUUGCUGUUGAGAUUAAAAAAGGUUUAUUGAACAUAAAGUUGUGUGUGUGUUUUUUUGUGCAUGUAUGUAGAUCUGACUCAUUAAUACACGGCUAAAGAGCUGACACCUGCACGCACUUAGAACCUCUCCACAUCGUCCAAUUGUCCUUUAACCACAAACUGCAGCCGUCUGAUAGCACCCAAGGGCUGCAGCGUGUAGGCACGAGUUAAUGACCUGGAAAAACAAGUCACACAAUAUAAACUCCAUACAAACUGUUGAGUCACUGCUGAACCUGCAGUCAUUUUAACCAGAAGCUCCUGAGGCAGUCCGGCCAGUGAAAGCCACCGGACUGGUUCUGUUGCAUUGUUUAAAUAUUUAUAAACAGUCAUUCUGGUUUUAAAUUACCAGCAAACAAAAAAGGUUAAAGGCUCUUAAAUGUGUGACGCAAGACAAAAGAUUAAGUGUCAAUCAAAGUAAAUCUUAAAAGGAUCUUUUGUUUACCUUCUGCAGUUUCGGGAUUUAAUCAUUUUAAAGCAGUAAAAAGUUGCACACCCUGGAAUGCAAAUAUUUAUCAGGUGCAGUUUGACAGAGGUUUGCACGGAGUCAAACUGGACAAACAGCUUGAUGAUUCGGACACAGCUAACACCGCCUAAGAAGAGUUAAUAUCCAUCUUAAUGGUUCUGAUCAGAUACACCAAAAUGCAGGGUGAGUUUUUCUUUUUACAACACCAAAUUAAAGACCCACUCCAAUGAAAAUCAUGGUUUUUUUUAUGUUCAUAUGGCCUUUUUUCGAAUGCUACAGGACAUAACAUGAGAAAAACAGAUGCCAAAUUGCACUUCUGAAUAUUCUUGCAUUCAAAUCAAUGUUAACCUCUUUCAUACCCAAAAGGCAGGCCCAGACGUAGCGAGAUUUCCUACGUCACAAUUGCAAGCUCCGCCCCCGGAGCCCCAGACGGUAGUCGAGAGGACGAUCGCGGACAAGCAUGUGCGUUAGCAGGUUGCUAUGCUCGUAAGAAAGCUAAUUAUGAUUCCAACUUUCAUCAUGCCCCCAGAGACAUUAGUGUCCAAGAGCUGAAUAGCUACUAUGUCGCCUGCUACUCCUACGAAACCGCCAGUGUUAGGCUGCAAGCUAACAUAAAGAGGAGGGUACGGAGCAGCGCUGUCUCCACCCUCAAAUUAGCGAAUUGCUAAUAAGCUACUGGAGAUCUGCAGAAGAAACCCUCUUGAAAAUGACACAGGUAACAUGAUUUUGGCUACAAACUUCAUAAUCCUAAUUUAAAGACCAUUAAAAGCACUUAAAGUGGUUUUAAAAAAUGAUUGGAGUGGGACUUUAAAUGAUCUCCUGUUUACCCGCUGUAGUUUGGGGAUUUAAUCGCUCUAAAUCACUAAAAAGUUACUGAUCUGACAUGAAUACAAAUAUUUAUCAGGUGCAGUUUGACACAGGUUUGCGCAAACUCAAACUGGACAAACAGCUUGAUGAUUCAGACAGAGCUAAUAAAAGAGGAGUAAAUAUCCACUGCAAUGGUUCUGAUCAGAUGCACGAAAAUGCAGGGUACAUUUUUCUCUUUACUACACCAUAUUAAGCUACACGAUCAUGUAGAUUUUGGCAGCAGAAACCUGAAAGAGCCUGCGGUUGCAAUGGUCCAUACAGUGUUAUAUAACAUGAAUGUCUAUAAUAUUCUUUGGAUUGACAAGAAAGAGCUGAAGGAGUAAAAUGUAGUUUUAUGUGAGUAAAAGCAAAUUCUACCAGAUUCCAUGAGCUAAACAGACUUUUUUAUGUGACUUUUUUCAUUUGCCAAAAAAUCUGUCAAUAAUUAUCAGAUUUCUUCAAACUCAAACCCCUUUUUCUGAUAAUGGAGUGCAGUUAUAGGGGGCUUGUCCUGAGCUGAGCUCUGAUUGGCUGACCUCAUCCGAGACACCACAUGUUUAAGAAGAAGCUGUCAGGUGUUAAUACAUUCAGAGAAAAUGUGCUUCUAGAAAAUGGACGGACACCUCAGUGUUGUCUGAGAGCCGGGGAUUGUGAACCCUUGUGUGGAAAAGGAUCAUGCAGGGAGAGCAAGUCAAUCCAAUCAGCCCACUCAGACAGAGAACAGCUAAUCCCAGUAAUAUACUGGCAGAGGAGGGUGGGGGUCAGUGUAUUCAUGGAAAGCAGGGUCUCACUUCUCUUCCUGGGAACGGCCCUUGACCAAAACACGCUGAUGGUACUGCUGGGAGGGGAUGAGUCACACGCAGCCUGAAUGUCCCUUUUGAUCCAAUUUUGAUGAAUUAGCCUCACAUUUUGCAUGUGUUACCAUUAAUGCGUAAUUGAUUCGACCCCAUGAAAAAGGGCUUUAAGAGGAAAAAUCCUAUAAAGAUAAAAGUGAGAUCUCCUUUGUAUUAAUACACAACACAUCUUGUCUUAUUAUGAGGGAUGAUGAUCACGGUAACGGGUAUUUUUCCACACUUUUGCUGCUAUAUUUAAGCAGUGUGACCUCACAGCAAAUUUCCCUACAAGAUGGCAGCAUUUUCUAUUUAAAUGUGGUUAUUUAUAGUAUGUAUUUAGCGCCAUUGUCGGCUGUGGAAACCUUUCGUAGGCUGCCUGUCACAGAUACAAGUGUGGGAAGAGAGACGGAGAGAGAAAAAAAAGAGAUGCUGAUACGAGGGCAGACAGAAUCUUCUUUUUUUUUUUUUUAAACGAUAAAAUACCACGAUAUCAGGGGGCCUGUUCACUCAUCAGGGCCAAAGUAUACUGUAAUGACAUCAAUGGUUGCCGUGACAACGGGAGGAGAGUGGAUGACAACAUCCCUACUGCGUCUUUUUUUUUUUUUUAGAGCAGAUCAAAGCAGUGUGCAAAAUUAGAGCUGCUAAAGAAUUAAGGGGAAAUCUUGGAGAGAAGAUGCUGCAGGAAUAAAAUGAAGUUUUUUUCGCUGUAGAAGAAUUAAAGCAUGUGUGUGAGUCUGACGUAAAUGUUUCAGCUCAGCAUGGUGUGUGUGUGUGUGUGUGUGAGUGUGAGAGAGAUUUUCUUCCAUGAAAUCAGCUCCACACUGAAGGUCAUACUGCACCCAUGUGUCCCCCAUUAUUCACCUUCAUCUCUUCCUUUGUUUCUGAAUUCACGCUGAACUCAAGCUGGCCGGCAGAUGGACAGAGGCAGAAAUCCCUGCUCACAUGACCCAGUAGUGCUUGGAAAAACCAGAUCCUUCAGGCACUGGACUGAACGUCUCAAAUCAAGCCAAGGUAUCAUCUAGAGGAGAAACUUUGUACAGUCUAUAGAUCCCAUGAUGCAUUGCUGAAAGAUGACAGAGGGAGAGAAGGGGAAGGGAGAGGGGGCUGUGGUGACAAGGUGACUUGAGGAAAAAAAAACGUACUUCGACGACCUUUUUCUCAUUGCCUGAUGUUUGUUAUUUGUCAACCUGAGAGCAUCUGACCACACUGUGUCUGUGUGUGUGCAUGUGUGCGCAUGUGAGUGUAUGUGUGGGGGCUUUGCCUGACUCCUUUCAUUAUAAAUGACACAGUCCUGGGAGGCAGCUGCAUUGACGUCAGGGCUCUCUCAGCGCUGUCAAGGGCUCCGGCUGCUGAAAAUCCCCCCAAAUAACAGGAUCUAAAUAGAGAGAAAUAGGUUGCUGCUGUUUCAUUACCGCCUCAUGAACUCUAGUAGAUUUAGCAGAAGGGGGCGGUGGGGGAGGAUUAGCCUUCACCCUCAAGUAAUCGUGCUUUAAUGAAGAUUUUCACUUGUAGGGGAAACUGCAGUUCAAAGCUUGGCGUGUUUCUCUGCGUUCAGAUCACCAGCUUAAAAAAAAAAAAGAGAGAGCUCCUGGUCACAUGGUGUUUGAGAGGAAAAGUCCAAAGUGUGGAUUGUUCUUCAGUUACCAGCCCCAAAGGCUCCAUUUAAGAAUAUCAUAAAAAAGCCCUCAAGGUGGUCUCGCUGUAGCAGAAUGUGCUGACACACCAGAUACAACCAAUCUGUGCAUUAGAGAGUAUGUGCUCACUGCUGUUUACAGCCAAAAAGGGGCAAGGGGAGGAUUGGUAAGACACUUUACGUCCAGAAGGGCUGAUGGGAGAUUUGAGGAGAUUAAUAAAGGCAGGUUGAGAUUCUCGUAAAGAUCUGAGCCAUCAGACUUAUUGCCCUAAUCCUCUCUGCCUGAUUGCGCAUUUUGGAUGAAAGAGAGAAGAUAAUGCAUGUAUAUAACGUGUGAUAAAGAAAGUACAGCUCGAUUUUCCAAGUCAACUUUGGUCCAAGAUUAUGCAAACAUGUUUUUGUACCUUCAAAGUCCCUGUUCUUGGGAAGACAAAUAAAUCUUCCGCAGCCCAGCCCUUAUUUUGCAGAGCUCUUCAGAGUGAGGGCAGGUGUCAGCUGCAGACCCUGCCCUGCUCUGCAUGCUUCCCUGAGGCACAAACAACCCUGAGGACCUGCACUUUCAUCUCCACAGCAGCUGCCCACCAGGUUAGAGCCGACCCGAUACAGAGCAGGGACAUGGGAAAUUAAUCCCAGGUUUCCUUGAGCUGUUUACAGGCUCAGAAGUUACACUUGUGUACAAGAUGUCCAUACAGACAACUCUUGAACUUUUAUGAGGCCUUUUCUGACACUUAACGAUUGACACUGCAUUCAAUAUAGAAUGAAGCGUUAUACAUACUAGCUUUCUUAUCGCCCUGACUUAAAGGGAUAUUCUGGCGUAAAAUUAAUUUAGGGUCAAGCACAUUGUAACACCAAGUCAGACCCCCUCGAGAGAUGAAUGUUGCUGACCGCUUGCUUCUCUAGUUACAAAAACUUUAGUAACGACCGCACGAUAGCAAAACACAGCAGUCUCAGGAGCCAUAAACAAACUUCAACCAAAACACCACUCUAUAGCCACAAAUAAUGCUCAGAACAGCACCUAACUUCAUCAACAGUACAUAUAGGGUCCUAACCAUAGUACUAGCUGCCAAAAAUCUUUUUAAAUUUGCUUGAAUUCUUUAGCAAAGAGACUAAACACAACUCACCCUCUAUCUUCCAGCAGCCGCUUGUUUGUAGCAAGACCUCAGGCCAAUCCAUUACAGACUACAGUGGGGUGACGCAGCUCAAGGAAGAACAUUUAUGAUCAUUUCUUCAUGGAAAUGCAAUCCCACAAAGACGUUGGAUUGGUCCGAGGUCUCGCUACAAACAAGCGGCUGCUGGAAGAGAGUAGGUAAGUUGUGUUUAGUCUCUUUGCUAAAGAAAUCAGGCAAAGUUAAAAAGAUGUUUGGUGGCUAGUACUAUGGCUGGGACCCUGUAUGUACUGUUGAUGAAGUUAGGUGCUGUUCUAAGCGUUAUUUGUGGCUAUAGAGUGGUAUUUUGGUUGAGGUUUGUUUAUGGCUCCUUAGACUGCUGUGUAUUGCCUUUGUGUGGUCGUUACUAAAGUUGGUAUAACUAGAGCAGCAAGCUGUUGGCAACAUUCAUCUCUCAAAGGGGUGUCAAACAUGGUGUUAUGGUGUAUUUGACCCCAAAUUAAUUUUAUGCC